AUGCCCACGAAGAAUCUGGAGGUAGUGGAUAUUUUAGAAGCCCUCGAAUCGAAGCUCGCGUACAUUCCAGGAGGACGUGACAGGGAAGGAAGACCUUUGAUGGUGGUCAAUGUUCCCUCAGAACUUCAACCGACCACGAAACCAAGGUUGGAAAUGACGUUCUGUAUAAUUGGAAUGCAAAUGACUUGUGACUCUUCAUGGUAUAGCGAGGAGACGAAGAAGAAUGGAUUGGUCUUGAUAGUGGACGCGAGAAAGGGUGCAUGGAGGGUGGCAAGAUCUUGCAUCAGGUUGUCUACUGUACUUCUGGGAGCUUCUGCCGCAUCCGUCAUCGUGGUGCGCCCUGAUGGCUUCUGGGACAAGAGGGUGGACAGUUGCACGAAAUCGCACAAGGAAGGAGAGCCGACGUACCUCACCCUGACGAGGCUCCAGCUCCACGUCGACUUUGCACAGCUGCCGUACGAGCUGGGUGGCAACAAACUUUACGAUCACGUGGAUUGGAUCCAGAAGCGCGUGAAAGUGGAGGAUUAUACCAAGGAUGCAUCCGAUCUCAUCACUAAAAUGGCAGAUCUACACCGAAGAUUGAUCAAUUUGGAUGGGUUUCGAAUGUCAGAGUCGGACGACGAUUUGGAAUCUUAUUGGGGUAUGAGCAACGAAUUAACAGCUCAUGCACGACAUAUUCUUCAAUCAGGAAGAAAUUUAGUCGGUUCGAUGGCCAGAGAAUCUUCGAAAGAUACAUUGGACAGUACAAAAAGAAUUCACGAGCUUAUCGACUCCAUCGAACUGAAGAAGUUGGACAUCGAAAAUUCUUGGUCAGAAAUGGAGAAGAAUUUGGAUACAGCCAGGGUGAUCGGUGAUCUCGAGAAAGGUGUGUCACGUGUUACAGAUUGGAUCUUGGGACCAGCUGACGCCAUGUUGAACUCUUGUUGCCAGGUUGGAUUUGACGUCUCUUCCUCGGAAGAACUUCGCAGACGUCACGAGGAACUCGAAUUAGAAUGCAGGGAAACUUAUGGACGAUACGCGGAACUGCUUCACAAGAUCGACAGUUUACCAAGCACGCGUUUAUCCGAGGAUUUGAAAUCUCAGAGAGAUUUCAUGGAUUUCGUGUGCAGAAGUUUUGCAAACAGGCUCGAGAGACGGCGAAACGUGUUAAUCACUUCGCAAAGAUUUUUCAGGCUAGUUUCCGAGUACUUUGACAAAACGAGCGAAGUCUUCGAUAAAUUAGUGAUGGGCAACAGAACUCACGAUUUUUCACAAGCUGGAGCCAAUCUUUUGAAAUUGCAACAAAGCCAAGGAAUCUUGGAAUCUCUGGAACGCGAGUUGGUAAAGGAAGGUGAAAAAUUAUCGGACAUUUUGUCGAUGCCAGUGAAGGACGCGCUUGGACGCGAUGUGCAUGUUGACUAUGGCGAAGAUAUAGUCAACGUCCGAGAUAUUUUGGAUGCGACGAACGCCAGGAAGAAUAUUUUCAAUGACAGCGUCGAGCUGCAGAAACUCUCCCUAAAGCAGACAGCAUUGAUAUACAUUUACGAAAACGAUGGCGAACAGGCUGUAAAAUGGUUGAACGAUUUGUACAAUGUUUUAUUGAAAAACCAUAUGGAGAUUGGUUGCAACGCGAUCGAGAUACAAUCCCAGAAAGAGGAGCAUCAAUCGUUUCAAGAAACCGCUAAGGGAACGUACGACUAUGGUUGUCAAUUGGUGAAUGGUGCACGAGUGUUGAGGUUAUCGUGCAGGCUGCCACUGGAAAGUAACGCGAGUCUGUUCUCAAGGCUGAGACAAGCUUGGAAACGGCUUCGAUCCGUUGGCCAGGAACAAUUAACGAGACUGAGAGUGUGCGCCGUUUUCCAUAGAAGCGUCGAAGAUCAUUGUUCCAAGUUGCACGACUUAAUAGAGACCGUGGUAUCUCUGCGUCGCUCGUUGAGGCUCGAGGAUCUAGCAGCUGAGGCGAGAGCCAAGGCAGAAAUAAGGAACAUCCUGGGCAAUCGCGAAAAGCUCCUCCUCGAAGUCGGUCGAAUGGUGAGGCUUGGUCGUCUGUUGAGGACACGCCUGAAGGAGCCACUAUGUCAUCAACGGCAAGUACGACAAAUGUCCGAAGCCGAGGAUGCCUCCUCGGGCAAAGGCAGUAACCUGACAGCGGUGGAGGCGAUCUCGGCGAGGUUGGCGGAAGUAACCCGUCUCGCCGAGAAGUUGGACGCGAAACUUUGCGAGGCUGGUGCCAGGACUCGUCCAGUCCCAAUGUCAUCGUCCGCCGUCUCCUCCACCUCCUCCCUCCUCUUGUCCUCGAACGCGCCCCCCACUUCCGCUUCGAGUCAAAUCCCCACGAUUUCGGCUGUCACAACUUCGUCGAUCGGGAUCACCGCACCGUUGAUCAGCUCCUCGACGGUGCAACUUCAGCCCAAAUGCGUGUCCACGAUACUCUCCUCCUCUGUGACGAGCAACGAGAACGUUGGCACGACCACCAAAGAUUCGGCGCAGAGUGUGAACGGCACGGGUGUUGGUGGUGAAAAGGUGGAGAGCAAGGUAGAGGAUGAGGGGAAGGCUGGCACAGGGGAAGAGAGUAGGCAGGAUGAUUUGGGUGGGAUGAAUGAUGAGAAGUUGAAGGGAGAAGUCGCGGAGGACGUGAUCGAAAAGUCAUUCGACGAUAAUCUAGCCGAAGAUUCGAACAUGGACGAAUACGUAACUGCGACCGAAUGUUCAAUCACUCCGACAGUUCGUUCGAGGAGCGAAUCUUUCGUUACGUCUCCAGAAUGGGAAGAUCUCGUUGCUCCAACAUCCGUGACACAUAGUUGCGAUACUGGGUGGAACAUCGAAGAGACUAAACUCAAACGGACGGAAGCUUCGGGAACAGAGAAAAUCGACGCUUCGAUGGAUAUUCCGAAACCGGAAGUCGAGGAGACAGAGAACGAGGGAAAACAGAGUGAGAAGCUCGUGUCGAUGGAAAAAAGAGUAGAAGAGAAAUCCGGGAAGAUAGUGAAGGAAGUUACGGAAACGACGACUUUACGAGUGUCUCACGAUACUCGUUUAGAUAUUGCGUCUUACAAGGUGAUAUCCAACACCACGCAAGAUCAUCGAGAAAACGUAGAUGUUAAGGAAAUCAAGGAUCUCGAACGCAUCGUGUUGCCGGAUGUCCACGAGAAAACGAAUGGAUCGCACUACGAGAUGGAUUCCGUUAGCAAAUCGGAAUCGUACAGUCGCAGAGACGAAUUAUCCACGAAAACAGACGACACCGAACGCGUGGUAAAAUUCGCGAAGAUCUGCGAAAUAAAUCAAGAAUCGCGCACGAUCCCUGUCGACACGUCGGCGAAGGAUAUCGCUCUGUCCUUGAAGGAAUACAGACGACGCCACGAGGACAGUGGGAUCGAGAUGUCGCCGACGAAGAAAGACGAAAACCUCGAGGGCCAAGAUUUCCUCGAAGCGGCGAGGAAGAGAAGAGUUGCGAGAAUGGUAGACGGGCACGACUCGAUGGAAACGGCGGAGAAUAGCGAGGGUCCUCGUGAGAAGGAAUCACGAACAAUGGUGGAGAGCAACGAGGAUGGAACCCAACAAACCACCAGCCCGACCACCACCAUAAGCACCAUAGCAGUGCAGAGCGGUGAAACGCGUCUGGUGAUCGCUCUACUUCAAAGCGGAGAAUGGCUGAGAUUGAAGGUCCUGGAGGUUCAACCAGAACUAACGAAGCUCGGUGCCACGGUGGAGGAAGCCACCGAGCUCUCGAAUGCGCACGACGAAGUUCUGCUUCGAUUGCAGAGCAAACAGAGCCCGGUGGAGGAAUUGCUCCGGCAGGCUGAUCAGUUGAUCUCGAACCAAAGGCCAAGAGCGGAAGUGUACGCCGCGAUGGCGGAAACUUUGGGCCAAGCUUGGCGCGAUGUGAACGAGCUUUUGGAACGUCGAAAACAAAUCCUCGACUCGAACGUAUUAUUCCAAUGUCGAGCGGAGGAGUGUCGAGAGAGCAUGAGAGCAUUGGAGAUGGCUUGUAACGACACGUUGCUGCCGAUCGAGAUCGAGGCGGUGAAGAAUUUCUUGUCGAAAAUCCACGAUCUUCGAAAGAACAUGCUCGAGGCGUUGAUGGGCGCGUUGCAAGAGGGGAAGAAUUUAUUGGACCGGCUGAAGGAGAUAGCGAACGAAGGCACGUUGGACUCCAGGCCUGAGAGGAUCAAGCUCGAAGCUGAUCACGCCGUGUUGAAGGUUGAGAAAUGGUUGGAAGAGCUUCACGACAGGAGACGGUUGAUCGAGGCAUCGUUCCGCAGUAGAAAGACACAAUUGGAGCAAUGUCUGGCUUUAGCUCUGUUAGCGACCGAUCUACGCGAUCUCGAGGAGAUCUUGAACGAUAGAAUCGCUGCUCUGUCGAGCAGCUGCGAUCAGCUGGGAGAUUCCGCGUCGAGCGCGGAAUUGCUCCUGUUCGAAUUGAAAAAAUUACAGGCUGAGGCUAAGGAAUUUCAAGACAGAUCGAUCAAAAUAACGAAAUCGACCGAACGAUUAGUGUCAUCGGGACACUUUGCCGGUGAACAGGCGACCGAACAAGCUUAUGCGAUCCUUGGCGCCGCGGCUGAUUAUGUCAAUGAUUUAGAUCAGUAUGAGUCGUUGUUGAAUAGAGCGGUGGCCUUCUUUGAUUCGGCAAGAUCGGCAAUCACGAAGCUAGAUCAAUUGGAGAUUCAGUUGGUGACCACAGAGCAUCCCCCGUAUUCGACGAGAUUAGCUCGUUUCCAUGCCCAGACCGUCGCCACCAUCGAAGACGUUACAGCGAAACCUUUGGCGGAAGGAUACGCCCUCUUGGACAUCACAGGAAGAGGAGCGCCUGGGGCUGAGGGUGUGAAACGGGCGGUGGAGGAGUUGGAGAACCGGAAGAUCCGGUUGAUGGAACGGUGCACGGCCCACGAGAAGGAGAAUCUCGAGAUAUCGAGGAUCAUAAACACGUUCCUGGACAAGCACGACGAGCUGAGAAAGUGGUUAAUGAGCAUACCAGAAGCGUUUCUUCAGGGCCACCAAGACAUGGGCAGCGACGUCACAAUGGCGGAGGAUUUCUGCAGGCUUCAUCGCCAACUGUUGACCGAUCUCGAGCAGAGAACCGACGAGGUCGAGCAUCUCGAGUUCGAAAUUCUUCCGAUCAGGGAACGGCUCGACGAUUCGCAGAAGUUGGAAUUGCAAUCGAAGGUCGAGGAGUUGAGGAACUCAUGGUCGAAGACAAAGGAUUUGGUGGCGGGAAGAAUCGAUUUAGGGUCCCUUUACCUUCAAUUCCACGUGGUGGUCGAGGAGUUGACGAAGGAGAUCGAGUCCAUUGAAGCCGAGUUGAAGAGGCACGUUGACGUUUUGGACGAGGGAAGGAUCGAGCUGAUUGGAAGACGUUGGAAGGAUCUUCAACCACUUUACGUGAGAUUAACCGGUACAGGGAAGGCGUUCUUGGAUGCUGCUGUCAAGAUCGACGAUCCCUAUUUGGAUGUGCCGAGGGCCUGCAUAUGCGUUCAGAUGCUUUUAGAAAAGUUUGCCAAUAAACAGUUGACCGUGACGGAAUCGUGGGAGAAAUGGCGAACCACGAUCGAGAUUUUGAGGGAGAAACGGAUCGAGCAUGAACGAAAAAUAGAAGAAAGUACAAGGACGAUGGAAUGGGUGUCUAAAUUCAGCGAGCAAUUGUAUCCAGUGAUCACGUCUCUUUCUCAUCAGACAGCGAACAUUCUCCAAGAUCUGGCAGGAUCCAAAGAUCGUAUCCUCCCUGAGUUGAACAAAGCUGUGGACGAGUUGGAUUCAAGGAUCAAAGGACUCAAUGCUUUGGCACAAAAAGGCGAAGUGCAAAUCGAGGAUGAAAUCUUGAAGAGGCUUCGUCAGAUGCACGAGAAUCUUCGUACGACCGCCAGGGAUUAUGAAAAUCUCCUCGAAUCGUUGAUCUCUAUCUUCAAAACUAUCGAAGAGGUGGAGCACAAAAUCGAGCAGCUGAAGAGUCAAGUAUCGCGUGUAACGUCCCUGAAAAAAUUAUCCGAAGUACAGGCUCUAUUCAACGAGCUGGACGCUAUGAGAUGGUCAAUCUCCGAGAGGCAGAGUGAGAUCGGAUCGAAGGUGAGAGAAACGAUGGUUAAAAUCGAGCGGCAGGAACCACCGGAGGCUGGUGUCCACGACAUCGAGAAAUUGAGACGCGCCUUGGACUCGUUGUCCACCGAUUUCGAAGUGUUUUGGUCACAGACCACCACCAGAAUCGAAGAGUAUCGGCGAACUUGCACCUUCGCCGAGGAUCUAGAGAGGAUCGAAAAUGAGCUGCUCGAUUUGAACGAACAUUUGAAAAAGGUGGAUACGAAGAUCGGUGAGAAUCUUCAGACGGCAAGGGCCGCCGCUUCUUCGUUCGUGCAGUUCGAGAAAACUGUCACGAUUUUGGAAGAGAGGAUCGAGACCUUUGUGAGAACGACAGAAGAGUCGAUCAAUGUUUUGACGCCUCAAAUCAUGAAGGAUGUUUCCUCGUUGAGAGAAAGAUGGAGAAAUUUGAAGAGGAAGAUCGAAGAAACGAAGAAACGAACGAAUUUGGCCAUAGAGUAUUUCAUGCUCCUGGAGGAAGCCAAGGAAUGGAAUAGGGAGGGUAGUAAAUUGUUGGUGGUGAUAGCGAGGAAGGCAACCACGGUAAAGACGCCUAAAGACGCGAUGGUGUUGCUUCAAGAAAUUGAGAGUUAUCUGAAGCCAGGUGAAGAGAUGCAGGAAAAGAGAAUCGAAAAAUUAAAAGAAUUGUCGACGAUUGUUUUUGACACGGAUAGAUUACCACAGUUCAACGAAGUCGUCGUCGAGAAUCGGCAGAUGUUGGAUUCCUUCGCCGUCAUUUCAUCCGAGCUACGAACGCUGGCCCAAAAUUUGAAAAAUGCCGAAGAUUUACAAGAGAAAUUAAGAAUAGAAAAACGGGAAGCGGAUGAAAAAUUACAAGCCGCAAAAAUGGAAAUGGCUGCCGCGGAGGCAGCGAGAGAAGAAGCGGAGAAUGCGAAGAAAAUUGCCGAGAAAUUAGCGGCUGAAACAUUGGAAAAAGCAACCAUAGAAGCGAAAAGAUUGAAGGAAGAGAGAAAAAUUCAAAAAGUUUCUACUCCUCCAUCGUUUUCGGUGUCGGCACAAACGGAGAAGAUCGAAACUGAUGAAAGUUAUGUCAAAGAAAUGAUCACUUCCGCCACCAUCAAAAAAGAAAUACACAUCUUACAGAAGACGGAAAUUGAGAAAAGGGUACCGUCUCGUGAACCAAGCCCACAAAAGAAAAUCAUCACCGAAGAAACUCGCGAAAAAUCAGUUGAAAGAAUGCACAAGGAAAAUGUUCCAUCAUUGGCACCAGAGUUUACGAUUCCUUUACAUGACGCCACCGUACAGGAAGGAGAGAAAUUCACCUUCCAGUGCAAUCUCAUUGGCCAACCAACACCGGAAGUAAUAUGGUACAAGGAUGGAAUCUCGAUUUUGAAUAAUCCUGAUUACUUGACCACUUACAUUCAUGGAAUUUGCACAUUGACGAUCGAAGAAACUUUUGCCGAAGAUUCUGCGAAAUACACUUGCAAAGCCUUCAAUAUAGCUGGAUCAGCGGAAACUUCCGCCACAUUGACUGUCAAAGAAACUGCACCGGAAGAGCAACCGAGUCCUCCAGUUUUCGUGAAAGAGUUGAUGGCCUCAGUGGCUUUAGAAAAUUCUUCUCAUCGAUUGGACUGCAUCGUCGAAGGUAAUCCACUGCCAACCGUCCAAUGGUUCAAGAACGACCUGAACAUCGAUAAUUCUCCCGAUUACGUUAUCACUUAUAAUAAUGGCGAGGCUGUAUUAAAGUUCGAGGAAGUUUUCUUGGAAGACAAAGCUACUUACACUUGCAAGGCCACGAAUAGAUUGGGCCAAGCCUCCACUUCCGCUUUUCUCGACGUUGAACCUGCGGAAUUCACUUCGGAGAAACCAUAUUUUGUCAUACCUCUUUCGAAUGCCAUGGGAAGAGCAGGUCAAAGGGUGAAACUCGAAUGCGAAGCGAAAGGGAAUCCUAUGCCCGCUUUAACUUGGUAUCACGAUGGAAGACCCGUCGAAGAAAGCAUGAAUUUGAAGAUACAAAUGGACGGUGGACGGACCAGUUUGGUCAUCUCGGAGGCGUUCGCCAAGGAUGCCGGAUGUUACACGGUCGUCGCCAAGAACGAAGCGGGCGAGGCCACGGUCUCUUGCAACGUGUCCGUGAAGGGGCGGCUUCCGCACGAGACGAGCGACUCGGAAUUCGCCUGCAGCGACAUGGAGCCCGUCGUGCCCAAGAUCCAGAUGCCGUUGAAGGACCUCAAGAUUCAGGAGGGCCUCUCCGUUCGCCUCGACUGCGUGAUCGUUGGACAACCUGAGCCGGAAUUGGGACAGGUGAUUUGGUAUCACGACGAUCAACCUGUGAAGGAAUCGGCCGAUUUCCAGCUGUUGUUCCAGGGUGACAAGUGUUCCUUGGUCAUUCACGAGGCUUUCUUAGACGAUGCUGGUGUGUACAAAGUAGUCGCCAUUAAUUCUGGCGGUGAAGCAUCUAGUCAGUGCACAUUAACAGUGACACCGGUUACUGUUUCGGAGAAAUUGGACAGAGCGCGAACAGAGAUCGAAGAAACAUUCGUCGCUGGUUCGCCACCAAGAUUCGUCAAACUUCCAACCGAUUCUCUCGUAGCGGAAGGCGAGACCGCCAUUUUCGAGUGCGCGGUGGUUGGAGAGCCGAAACCGGAACUGAGAUGGUUCUCCGACAGUGGCGAGGUCACUGAGAACGAACGCAUUCUGAUCCAGCGAAAGGAGGAUGGAACGAGCAUCUUGAAGAUUUCUUCGGCGAUUCCAGAGGAUAAGGGAAAUUACGUGGUCAAAGCGUUCAAUGAACACGGAGAAGCGAAAGCUUUCGCUCGAUUGGUUGUCAGAUCGUUGGGUGACUUUAGAAGGAAGGAAGAAUUUGUAAAGAUGGAGGAGAAACUGAUUGCUCCCACGUUCAAGGAGAGAUUCGAGGACAGAAGAGUGAUCGAGGGUGUCUCCACGAAAUUUGAGUGCAUCGUGGUUGGAAAACCAUCUCCAAAAAUUCAAUGGUUAUUUAACGAUCGCCCCGUCCACGGCAAGGACUUCUUGGUCUCGGUCAGCGGGGAUCGACAAGUGCUGACGAUUCCAGAGACCGGAAGUACGCAUGCCGGUACGAUUUCCUGCGUGGCGGAGAACGCUGCUGGAAAAGCGAUUUGCAGUGCUCGUCUAGAGAUCGGUGGCAGGUCGGUGGAGGAGGUGAGAAAAGUUGGGGAAAAGAGGGUGGUCGACUUAGUCGAGAGAUCGCCCGCCGACGAAAUGCACGCAGCGAGCAGCAGCGAGAAACACUUCUCCUCGGAGAAGUCCGAGGGCGAGGGGGAGAGCCAGGUGUUGACCAAGAUGUCGCAGACCAUCACCGAGUCCACGACCACCCACAAGACGACCAAGAAGGAGUACAUCUCGUCCACUACGUCCUCCACCUUGUCGAAACCUGGACAGGAACCCACCAGCGUGUCCGUGAAGACUACUGUACAUAGCACGGAACAGUCGUCCUCGGAGAAUGGAGCGCCUCCUGUUGUGCAGUCGUACAAAGUCGAGGAACACGAAAAGAUCAUUCAAGACCAACCAGGCGAGAUUCGUCAAGAAAAAACCGUGGUGAUAUCUCAAGACGAGGAAGGGAUCAAACAAAAGGAUGUCAAAGCUGCGCAAAUAUCGAAACCAACCAGAAAGUCGACUGCGCCGAGAUUCGUUUCGCCUCUCACAGGGAUGAUCGUGGAUCAGGGCACUGAUAUUAUCCUCGAAGGAAUUAUCGAUGGAUUCCCUCAGCCUUCAAUUAGCUGGUCGAAGAACGGGCAAGAACUGAAAACGAAAGAUGGAAUGACGAUCACUUACGCUCAUAAUCAUGUCCGUUUGGAACUGAAGAACGUAAAUGUUAAGGAUGCGGGACGAUACACUUGCACUGCCAGCAACGAAGUCGGUUCUGCUAGUAGCACGGCUGAUCUUGUCGUAAAAAAAACGAUAUUCCCACCGGUAUUCGGCAGAAGAUUGCAAGCUCAAGUUGUGAAACGUGGAGAACGAGUCAAUAUGGAGGUAGAAAUCACAGGAACACCGGAACCCACGGUUACAUGGUUCAAGGACGAUGUCCCUAUCAAAGAACGUCCACCUGAAUUGAGGAUUAAGCAGCAAGGAAAUUGUUACAUGCUCAUUAUUGACAAAGCUGAAAAAGCGCAUGCAGGGAAAUAUAUGGUUCGAGCAACAAACGCCGGUGGUGAAGCCCAAAGUAUAGCAGACUUUGCUGUCUUCGAGCCAACGCCUGAUACUAUGACGGAAGUUCAUAAAACUGUUAUUUACGAGAAUGUGCAAGACAAGAAAGUCACUCAGUCCGACGAAAAGAAGAGAGAGGUUCCUUCUAGCAAACUUCCUUCAUCAACGACGAUUCAGCAGAUUCCGCCGUUAAAAACGACACCUAUCGUGUCAUCCACCUCGAUAUCGGAAACGACCAAAACCGUAGAAAAGAUAGAGGAGCCGGAAAGCAGGAUGAGUCGUUCGGAAACAAUCUCGUCCACGGUCGAAUCACAUCAGUCGCAAUCAAAAUCGGAGCAAAAGUUCCACAUGAAGUUGGAGCACAAGACGCCAAUCAUACCAGAGCCAAGGAAGGAAGAAAAGACGAUAACGAGGGAAGUGAUUCGCGAAGAAGUCGAGAAGAAAGGCGCCGAGCCGAAGGCUACAGUGAUCGAGGAGAGGACGAAGAUCGAGAACGAAAAUAUAGAAACAUCGACGAUAGCCAAAAAGGAUGCAUUAAGCUUCUUCGAAUCGAUGACGAAGGAAACGGAAACUACGCCUAAAGGUCCCAAAGAGAUGAUUAAACUAGUGGACGAUGCUGAUGGCCACGAAGUGAAGGUUGGAAAAUUGACGAAGAACUACGAGAGAUCAACUACGUUCCAGGAGGUGAAGAAACCUGAACCGAAACCUGCAGAGAUUCAAACGACGAAGAAAGCUGUCCACGAGAUAUUCACGAAAUUGGAGCAAGGGAGUGCAGCUUCUCGUGGAGUUGAUAAUAAAUUGUUCGAUUUUCCGUACGAACCGUACAAGCCACCUUCGGUAGAGACCAAGAAGACAGUUGUGGAAGAAACAGUUAGCUCAGGAUCGUCGUCUGUUCAAGGAUCACUGAUAAUGUCGUCGAAAAUGGAGAGCAAAGUGGAAAGUAAAAUGGAGAGCAAGUCAGAAUUAUUGGAAAGUUUUAAUUUGGUGCCAGAGCCUCCACCGGAGAUUGGUUACAUGCCGAAGCCGGAAGAAUUAAAAAAAAAACGCCCUGAAGUAUCGAUCAAAGCUAAACAGCUCCAAGAAUCCUUCGAUAGAACCCUGUCCCCGAUAGAUGCGCCUGUUGGCGGUGUGAAGAUUUUCCCCACGCCUUCUCCAAAGGUGGCCCCAACGUUUUCCAUGCCACCAUCAUCCUUUGAGCUCGAGAAGAAAGAGGUAGUCGAGGAGCCUUGCGUGAGAAAGGAAAUCCACGAGAAAAGGGACUACGUGUCUUCGUUCAGAGCUAUGUCUCCUAGCAGACCUUGGUCAUCGUCGUCUGACGUGGAAACCAGAUCACACGUGUCCACUGAUCUGUCAGAAUACAGGUGUCACUCUGCAGCGUCGAGUCAUCAAGAGAUACUCAGAUCUACCUCGCCCAGACCAUCGGCUGACGCCUUGGCUAUGGAGAAAUCCUGGGCAAAGAAGUGUGCCGAGUCUAGCCGGAAAUCGUGGCCUCCGCAGGAAGAGUCGAGACUCAAGCAAGAAUGGCAAACCCCUGGUGAAGAGUACAAGAGUUCGUCGAAGGAGUUUAGGAAGGAAGUCGAAGAGACGCCUGAAGGCGGUAUCAGAAAGACCAGCAUGGAAUCGUCCAGCACAACUGAGAGGCGGUCCUGGAGUUCGAAACAGGAAUCGAUGGAGAAGAUCUCGAAGAGAGCUCCGUCACCACUGAAAACGCAACCGAUCAUCUACAACGCGGAAACAAUUAAAGUAGAUCACGUGGUGAACAAGAUGGAAGAGAAAUCUCUGUAUGAGAAGUACACUAGUGAGAGCGACAUUAAGAAGCUGGAAAAAUCUGAAAAGUUCGAGGAGAAAUAUUCGAAAAAGUGGGCAGGCUCGGAUGAUUUAAAAGCUCCUGGUCUUGUCAGGAGUGUGGAACCACCUAAAAGACCCGUCAUUCAAUUGUACCACCUUACUCCACCUACCGAGCAAAUUAUUUUAGAACCUGGCCCACCUCCGGAAAUCGGAUAUAUUCCAGCACCGGUAGUCAAAGAGAAGAAGAUCGAGAAGAUAGAGAAGAAUUUGGAAGUGUCGUUGGAGCAUCAGCCAGCUAAGAUCCCUCCAGGAGGAAUCAGAACUAUUCCUCCUGUGCCGAAGAAGGAGGAACCUCCAGCACUGCCUCCGAAAGACGUCAAAAUGACUCCACCGCCAAUUCCAGCCAAACAACCUAUCGAACCUCUGGAACCGUUUCCAUUCAAGCCUUCCCCUGCAUCUGCACCGAUGAAGAAGGUGCCUCCUCCACCAACUCCUACGAAAUUCGUCAAAGGAAGUUUCACCCAGGAAAGCGACUAUGAAUCGGACAUGGACGGUCACAUGAAAGCAAAAUGGAGGCCGUACGAGAGUGACGGCGAGGAGCCACGUUACAGAAGAGUCCAAGCUCCAGUGCCCAAGCCGACUAGACCUAGAUCGACCGAGCCUGAACCACUUCCUCCCUCUAAAUUCGAGGUGCCUCCAUCGACUGUAGGUCCGCCUAGACCAGUGAUCACCAAGGAACAACAGGAAAAAGUGUGCAAGAAGACUAUCGCUACCACUGUCAAGAGGCAAGAGAGAGAGAUAAAACAACAGCAGCAACAAAAGUUCCAAGUGGGCCAGCCACCUGCUAUCGAAUUGAAAUCAGGCUCUCCAUCUGUCUACGUCCAACCAGCCGCGAAGAGUCCAACUCCACCCGGGAAGAAGCCAGAAUCUCCUAAAUUAAAGGUGAAAACGUUCCAACAGGAAAGUGGUUACAUGGCAGACACGGACGAGCCUUUCCAACAGAAGUCGUCGAUUCAAUCGGUGCAAAAGAGCUUUGGCAAACACGAAUCUUCGUCGUCUAUGACCUCGCAAACGGAGUCUCGCACUUCGUAUUCUGAAAGUCGAUCGGAAUAUUUCGAGAGCAAGAGCUACGACAGCCGACAACAGCAGCAACAGAAGAAAGAAUCGUUUAUCGCGCCAUCCGCUCCCUUGGUUACGAAACAACCUGUACAACCACCGGUUCAGCAACAACGUAGCUCGUUCGUUGAGAAGAGCUACGUAUCUUCCGCGUCCCCAUCGAGAUUCAGUUCCACGAAGGAAACUAUUUAUACGACGGAUCAAUCGCACAAGAAGCUAGAGACAACGAAAAAAAUUCUGCCGCCCUCUCCGAGUCCUUCCAAAUUCGUGAAGGGCGAAUUUCGCGAAAGCGACUACGAGAGCGACUACGACGGCAGAAUACCACCUCUUUGGAAACCGCGAGGCUAUGAAAGCGACGACCAAUCUUUCAGAUCCGUGAAACCGAAUCUCGCUGGUCCAGGAAAGCCCAAGGAGCCUCGAGCGCCGUUCAUCGAGGAGCUCGAGAAGAAGAAGGAGGACAGAGUCGCAACGCCGACCAAACCGAAAACAGUUCUUCUUCCCGGCUCUCCGCCUGAGAUAGCCUAUGCACCGCCUCAACCGACCUACUACGAGGCUCGAUCGGGCAUACCUUUCCACAACGCGAUCGGUACAGAGACGAAGAAGACGGUCAGGAUGGACGAGUCGACCGAGAACAGCAGAAGGAUCGUCACUGUCGAGCAAACGAGUCGGGUGAUCAAGUUCGGCGAUCAGAAACCCACCGCCACCGACUUCAGAGGCUUCGAGGGCCCCGAUCAAAGGCAGAAGGCGGCGUUCAAGGUGCCGACCCCGAAGAAGUUCGUUCAAGGUCAAUUUAGGGAAUCGGAUUACGAGAGCGACAUCGACACGAGGAUCAGAGCGAGAUGGGCACCGGCCGAGAGCGACACCGAGGAGCCAAGGUACAGGAAGGUCCAAGCGCCCACGACGAAGGCGCCAAGGUCGGCCAGCGCCCCUGUCAGGCAGGAACACGUGGUGUCCCCGUUGGAGUUCGACACCGGGCCACCCGUGUUGAAGAGGCAGACCUCGAUGACCCAACUUCGGGACGAGGGCAGGGCAACUCAGGUGAAGAGGGAUGUUGUUGGCUCGGGGCAGGAGGAGUUGCUGAAGCCCGGCUCGCCUCCGGAAUUCGGUUUUAUCUCGAGGAGCGAUGUGAAGAAGGCGGCUACUCACGUCGCGUCGCGACACAUGAGCGACAUGACCACCAGCUUCAAGUCGAAAACCGAGAAAUUCGUCAGCGACAUCCAGUCGGAUCUGAAGCAGGGCAAGCCGAUCCUGAAACAUCCGGCCGACAGUCGAGCAAGCGAUGGCGACGAGCCCAGAACUUACAGAGAGGAGUCUCGACACUCGGAACAUGGAACGAAGCACAUCGACCCAGACACCGGCCUCAUAUACUUCAAGUACGACUUCGGCUACGAGUUCGGGAUCGUGCUCCCCGGCGAAGGCAAGAGAACAGUGACCAGCACGAACAGGACCAUCCAAGGUCAACGGCGAGCAAGCGACAUCGAGGUGCCCAUCGUCCACGAGUUCACCACAACCAGAAGGGAGAACGGUUUCGCGAAGAGGAGCAGCUCGACGUCGUCCUCGACGCGUCAGGGCAAACCGACGGGGAAAUUCGGCACUUCGAAGACCGUGAAGUGGGAGCCGACAUCCGAGAGCGAGUUCUCCGAGGCGGAGGACGCGAGAAACGCGAGAAAGAGGCAGCAAGAUGGCGGUAGCGCGAUGGCGCCACCUAGCCUCGUUAUACCUUGUUCACCAUCGCCGUCCAGAUGGGAUCACACGACGCCCAGUCCGCUUUCCCUCAGCCCAAGCUUACCAAGUCUCUCCCCCAGAUACAGUAGUGCCACAGGACCACCCAGCAACGUCGACUCCGCAGGAUCACCGUGGCCAACCACUAAUGGAGUGGCCUCGAGCAAAGAAGUGAUUCAGCCUUACCUAGAAAUACUACCGAAAAAGGCACCCCUUUUCAUCACGCCUUUGAAAGAUAUAGCGGUGGUGAGCGGGCAAACAGCAAGAUUCGAGUGCAUCGUUCAGGCUGAACCUCAGCCUAACAUCCUUUGGUCCAAGGACGGAAGGAUUAUUGAGAAUUCUUCGUGCUACGAGAUCCAUUAUCGAAAUGGCGUUUGUCGUCUGACCAUAGUGCGAGCUUUUCCUGAGGAUGCUGGCACUUACGCGUGCACCGCAACGAAUAGCUUAGGUUCGACAGUAACUUCUGCCACCUUGCAGGUGCCAGGAGUACCUUCGCCAUUUUACGGAACGUACAGGGACCAAAACAUCAACGAGAGGGCCAUGGAGAGCCCGCCCAGGUACGUGGCUCUCAAAGACCUAUUUCUUCCGCAAGAGAACGACGUGAAAUCGAUACCUGCGGAUCGUCAACAUUCUACGCGACACGAUUACUCGGUCCCGUGGAAUUUGAACGCGGAUCCCAGUUGCGCAGGUGGCGGCUAUCGCGAGAGGCGAAUUACGACGGAAGAAUGCGAGGAGAUAACGGAUCGAAAUACGAUAGCGCGGCGACUCGGGUAUUCCGAUUUCGAGGCGAACGAUUCGUUUCGCGAUGAUUUCUGCUUCGAUCGCGAGUAUUCCCGCUCCGCGAAGCCGAGGACGGAGGACGGAGUUCAAGGGGAGAUUGUGAUGCAGACGACGCCCACCGUACCAACAUUUACAGGCAGACCCGGCGAUCCAUCGCCGCCGGUCUUCGAACAAAUAUUCAAAAAUGCCAGAUUCGCGCAGGGUGGAAACGCAAUUUUCGAAGGUCGCGUGAGAGGAAAUCCAAAACCUAUAGUCUGUUGGACUCACAAGGGUGCACCGUUGUUGGAGUCAUGGAAGAUUCACAUGUCUUACGACGAGAAGACCGGGGCGGUCACGCUUCAAAUAAACCAGAUUGGUCCUGGAGACGAGGGUGAAUACACGUGCAGUGCCAAGAAUCAAUACGGAGAAGCAAUCUGCUCCGUUUACAUUCAACCAGAAGGAUUUGGACCUCCUCCGCAGCAGCAAAUGGGUGGUUACAGGAAGGAAUUCGCGCAGACUUUCCAAUCCACCGAACAGAAGACCCAAACGGGAACACAGAGCUUUCAACAACGUAGCUAUCAACAAACAAUCGAUAAACGAAGCUACGUUAAUGGAACUUCCGUCAGCAUCGAAGAUUUCAAGGUGGACACGUUCGAAUACAGAUUAUUGCGGGAAACAGAAUUUCGAGAGUCGAUCACUCGCCGCUUCGUGGGCGAAUCCGACGUGCAGAUUUCGACGGUGGUAGAUCGUAACCUGGGACCGGUUGCACCUCCGCAAAUCACGCAGAAGCCCAGAAACUCGAAGCUCGUCGAGGGAUCCGACGCCGUUUUCACUGCGAAAAUCUCUGGCAAUCCUAAACCGAGAUUAACUUGGUUCAAAAACGGUCAGAGGAUCCGCGAAUCGCAACGCGUGGAGAUGAGCUACUCGAAUCAACAAGCCUCUUUGAGGAUCAGAGUCGCCCUGCCGGAAGACAGCGGCCAUUACACCUUGCUCUCUGAAAAUCCUCAAGGGUGCACCGUCAGCUCUGCAUAUUUGGCGAUCGAAUCGAGCGAUCAGGUGGAUCAAGCCUACCAGGCCCAAAGGGAGACGAUCAAAACUCAGCAAGUUGAAACGAUCGGCGAGACCGAUUCUGGAAAAGUUCUGCCGCCGAAUUUCGUUCGCACCUGUACCGACCGCGACGCCACCGAAGGAAAAAUGACCAGGUUUGAUUGUCGAGUAACGGGCCGCCCGUACCCCGAAGUGACAUGGUACAUAAACGGCCAACAAGUGGCCAACGAUCUGACCCACAAGAUCCUCGUGAACGAGUCUGGUAACAACUCUUUGAUGAUCACGAACGUGAGCCGAGCGGACGCCGGCGUCGUGACCUGCGUCGCAAGGAACAAGGCCGGCGAAACCUCGUUUCAGUGCAAUUUGAACGUGAUCGAGAAGGAGCAAGUGGUCGCGCCAAAAUUCGUGGAACGAUUCACGACUACGAACGUGAAAGAAGGAGAACCGGUUGUUUUCAUGGCCCGUGCGGUUGGCACUCCUGUACCUCGCAUCACCUGGCAGAAGGAUGGAGUGCCGAUUACACCUGGACCGGAUGUGCGUAUAUCAACGGAUGGCAGCGGAGCUUCGACUUUGGACAUACCCUACGCAAAAUUAUCGGAUGCAGCUUGGUACCAGUGCACGGCGCAGAAUGUGGCCGGCUCUACUGCGACCAGAGCGCGGCUUUUCGUGGAAACACCGAAAGGAGCAGCCCCCGAACCAAGACGCCUGAACUUACCCCGACCGACGAAAGUCAUCGAACCAGAACCAGCGCCUGGCCCCGAAGUGAUUUAUUUGAGACACGUGGAACGCGCCAAGCCAUACUUGCCCCCACCCGAGGAGGACAGAAUUUAUCCACCGCCGCGUUUCAUCAUACCGUUGAAGGACGUCCAUCAGAUCGAGGGUGGACGAAUCCACUUCGAGGCCAGAAUCGAACCGGUGGGUGAUCCCACUAUGAGGGUAGAGUGGUACGUCAAUGGAAGAGCUCUUGACGCGAGUUCCCGGGCGACUUCUAUCUUUCGAUUUGGCUUCAUCUCUCUCGACUUAAUUAGCAUCGUUCUCCAAGACAGCGGUGAAUAUUUAUGCCGCGUCGUAAGUUCGACUGGAGUCGCUGAAUCUCGAGCUACCCUCAGCGUGACACCACGCGCAACAAUCGAACAGACUAGCCAACACCCCGACAGUCUCCAGUACAUCCAACAGCUCGAGGAUUACAGCAAGUAUCAAAGGCAGGAGAGUGUGGAGGACAUCUCUCCACAGCGGCCGGUCUUCAUCCGGCCACUCCAGGAUCUAGGAGAGUUGCAGGAAGGUCGUAACGCUCAUUUCGAAGCGCAACUGACCCCUGUAAGCGAUCCCACGAUGAAAGUGGAGUGGUUCAAGGAUGGUAGACCGAUCACAGCUAGCUCGAGAAUCACAACCAUCUUCAACUUCGGAUACGUCUCGCUCAAUAUAUUGCACCUACGAGCUGAAGAUGCGGGUUCUUACACCGUGAGAGCUGUGAACCGCUUGGGAGAGGCUGUCAGCUCCGCAUCUCUUCGUGUCUUUGCACGCACAAGCGUUACAACAGAUCUGGGAAUCCCCGAGCAACAGAGGUACAUCGAGGCUGCCGAGGAGUUGGAAGCCUAUCAACAGGCGAUGCACCAGAAGUACGUGCAGGAGCAGCCUGAACCGACAAGCCCACCGGAAUUCAAAUCUCCUAUCAAGGAUCAGAACAGCAUACGAGAAGGUGGAUUCGCUCAUUUCGAAGCACGUCUGGAACCAGUUGGCGAUUCCGAUUUGAGAGUCGAGUGGCUCAAGGACGGACGCCCUGUGGAAGCUAGUUCACGGAUCACGACAUUCUUCAACUUCGGUUACGUGGCGCUGACCAUCAAAUACGUGACGAUUCACGACGUCGGUAUUUACACGUGCCGCGCUUACAACCGCGUCGGUGAAGCGCACACAACCGCCCAGCUGAGCGUGAUAAGCAAGAACGACGUUAUUUACGACAGCCAACACCCGACCGGAUUGCAGAAGAUCCAAACGUUGGAAGAUUCGAGCAGAUAUUCGCGGCAGCUCCAAGAGGAGACGCAAGUGACCCAGGCGCCGCGAUUCUUGGGCACCCUGAAGGGCACGAACAAGAUCGUCGAGGGGCAACGCGCCCACUUCGAGGCCCGCGUCGAACCUCAGAGCGACUUGACCAUGGCCAUCGAAUGGUACCACAACGGAAAACCCAUCACCGCGGCCAAUAGAAUUCAAACUUAUCACGAUUUCGGAUACGUGGCUAUAGACAUACUUCAAGUGAGACCAGAGGACGCUGGUACUUACACUGUCGUCGCUAGAAACGCUCUUGGCGAGGCUCGAUUAUCCGCCACCAUGGUUGUAGAAACUCGUUCAAGCGUCGAUACGAGCAGCAUGCACCGCAUUUCCUACGAGAAAACGCAACGUUUGGAGGAGUCGAAAUUCGUCGAGCCCCAAUACCACAUCGAGGAGAUAUCGAAAUCGAAGCCGAUCUUCGUCCAACCGUUGAGCGAUCCUAAGCCGGUGAGCGAGGGAAAGAACAUCCACUUGGAGUGCCGUUUGGAACCUAUGGGCGACCCAACAAUGAGGGUCGAAUGGUUCCAAAAUGGCCGCCCAGUCACCGUUGGCUCCAGAUUCAGGACUUAUUACGACUUUGGUUUCGUCGCUUUGGACAUCGUGCACUCGACAGUGCUCGACUCUGGGGAAUACACCGUCAGAGCCACCAAUCAUCUUGGCACCGCUCACACUUCCGCCUGCGUCAGAGUGAUAGGAAAGUCAGACGUCGUCACGGAAACGCAGCACGAGCAGUCCCUCGAGCAGAUUCAAAUGCUCGAGGACUCGUCAAGAUACCGCAAGACCCAACAAGAAGAAGUGACGGUGAUGCAGGCGCCCCAAUUCACCCGCGCCCUGCACAACAUCGAAACGGUGGAGCUCACCAACGUGCAUCUCGAGUGUCGUCUCCAACCUGUCGGCGACUCGACAAUGAGAGUGGAAUGGUUCGUGAAUGGGAGGCCGGUGAAGACGGGCCACAGAUUCAGGCCGUCCUACGAAUUCGACUACGUCGCCCUCGACAUCCUGGGCGUCUACCCGGAAGAUUCGGGGGUGUACACCUGCCAAGCGAGGAACCAAUUGGGGGAGGCCGUCACGUCCUGCUCAGUGAGGGUACACGCGAAGAAAGAUUUGCUCUUGGAGUCCCAACAUCCCGAGGGUUUGGAGAGAAUACAAUACUUGGAGGAUGCUUCCAGAUACAAGAGGCAGGAGAUGGUCGACGAGGUUGUCACCGUUAAACCGAGAUUCAUCACAGCUCCGAAAAGUCAAGAGAAUCUCCGCGAGGGGGAACACGCCCACUUCGAGUGCAAAUUGGAACCAGUGACGGACUCGAAUUUGAAAGUUGAAUGGUUCAAAAAUGGUCGUCCGGUUACGAUAGGACACCGAUUCCGUCCAAUACACGAUUUUGGCUACGUUGCUCUGGACGUGAUUGACCUGAUCGCCGAGGACUCGGGGACCUACACUUGUCGCGCUGUCAAUCUGGUUGGCAGCGACGAAGUAUCCUGCACUCUAACCUGUCGAUCAACUGCACAGGUUCUAACCGAUUCGAAGAACGAGAUUGGCCUCGAGCAAAUUCAUUAUCUUGAGGACAGGUCCAGAUAUCAAAGACGAGAGGAUGUCGAAGAGACGACCACCCAAGCCCCUAUCUUCACCACUUCUUUGAACAACGUCGAGAUCAAGGAAGGGCAAAGGGCGCAUUUCGAGUGCAGGUUGAUUCCAGUUUCCGAUGCGACGAUGAAAGUCGAAUGGUUCCACAACAAUAAACCGGUCAAGGCCGGCUCCAGAUUCGUCGAGACGAAUAGCUUUGGCUUCGUGGCGUUGGAUAUCAUGUACGCCUAUCCUGAAGAUUCCGGCACAUACACCUGCAGAGCAAAGAAUAUUAUAGGAGAGGCUAUCACGUCGGCAAGCGCAGUUGUCCAUUCUAAAAAAUCAAUCUACACCGAGUCCCAAAACGAGGAGACUCUUCAAAGAUUGCAUUAUUUGGAGGAUACCUCGCGAUACCAACGCAAAACCACAACUGAGGAGAUCAUUACUCAAGCUCCAGUAUUCACGAUGCCCAUCAAGGACUUGAAAGUCGCUGAAAAUCAAGCAGCUCAUUUCGAGGCUCGUGUAAUCCCUGUCGGUGAUUCCAAACUGAAAGUAGAAUGGCUUCGAAAUGGAGUUCCGAUUGCAGCUUCUAAUCGUGUAACAACGAUGCACGAUUUCGGAUACGUCGCUCUGAACAUGAAGUACGUCAAUCCUGAAGACUCAGGUACUUAUACUUGCCGUGCAGUGAACGAUCUUGGAGAGGCAGUGACAUCAGCAACGCUCUUCGUUCAAUCCAAGGCGGCCCUGCAAUUCGAGUCGCAGCACGAGAGCGCUUUGUCGAAGAUCCAGGCGCUGGAGGACACGAGUAAAUACCAGCGGCGCGAGGAGGAAGAGAUCGUGGUGAAGGAGAGGCCGUCGUUCACGGUCCAACUGAACGGGCCCACCGCCCUUGUCGAGGGCCAAAGCGCACACUAUGAGUGCCGCAUCGAGCCCUACCCCGACCCAACCAUGAAGGUGGAGUGGUUCCAUAACGGGAAACCAUUGUCCACCGGUCACAGGUACAGAACCACUUGUGACUUCGGGUUCGCCGCGUUGGACGUGCUCACGGUAUACGCGGAGGAUUCUGGCACCUACACCUGCCAGGCAACCAAUAGACUGGGAUCGGCGAAGAGCUCGAUCAAUCUCGACGUGAAAUCUCGCUCCUCGAUUAUUCGCGAAACGCAACACGAAAGCGCCCUGAAGAAAAUACAAUACCUUGAAGACGACUCGCGUUACAAACGGGUAGAGGAAGAGGAUCUGAUCGUUGCCGAGAGACCGAAAUUCGGGCGGCCAUUGAAGAACAUCGAACAUUUGCCCGAGGGGAAGAGCGCUCACCUCGAGGCGACGUUGACGCCUGUCAAUGAUCCAACUAUGGUGGUGGAAUGGUUCAGGGAUGGAAGACCUAUUCCUCAAGGACACAAGUUCAAGACCACCUAUGACUUUGGAUACGUCGCUCUCGAUAUUCUCUACGCUUAUCCGGAAGAUUCUGGAACUUACAUGUGCAAGGCAAGGAACGCUGUUGGAGAGGCUGUUACCACUUGCGUCAUCAGCGUCGAUUCGAAACAAGGCCUAUAUUUGGACACGCUUGAUGCUCAGCGUUUGCAGAAGAUUCGCGAGUUAGAGACCGUGGAGGUGAAGAAAGAAAUUGAGAAAGAGGUUGUACACCAAAAGCCCGUAUUCUUGACGCCAUUGAACAACCUGGAUCAUCUAAAGGAGGGUGAACACGCUCACUUGGAAUGCCGCGUCGAGCCUAUCAACGAUCCAAAUCUAAAAAUAGAAUGGUUCGUGAAUGGAGUUGCUGUAAAGACAGGGCACCGUUUCCGCAAAACUCACGAUUUUGGUUAUGUGGCUCUCGAUAUUCUUUACACUUAUCCUGAAGAUGCCGGCACUUAUAUGUGCAAGGCCACGAAUUUGGCUGGCGAGGCUGUCAACACAUGCACCAUCAAAAUUGGCUCUCGCCGUAGCAUACUUUUAGACACGCAACACCCAGACGGCCUUGAAAAGAUUCGUGAACUCGAGGCCCAAGGUCGUCCAGCCCGCUUAGAGGUCGAAGAACCACCAGUGACGCCACCGAGAUUCGUUACGGAACUCAGGGGUACCACCGAGGUCUACGAAGGACAAACAGCCCACUUCGAGUGCCAAGUUGAGCCUCUUCACGACGCAAACUUGAGAAUUGAGUUCUUCCACAACGGCAAGCCGCUUCCAUCGGCUUCCAGGUUCCACGUGACGUUCGAUUUCGGAUACGUGGCUCUGGAUAUCGGCCAUGCUGUUCCCGAAGACGCAGGAGAAUACUCCGUACGAGCGAUCAACGCUCUAGGCCAAUGCGUAUCCUCGAUCGAGCUGAGGGUAAUUCCAAGAGAUAAUAUUAUUCUCGACUCGCAACGGCCCGAAGGAAUGGACAAGAUCCGCGAAUUGGAGGCUCAGCAACCUUGGAAGAGACCAGAAGUGCCAGAACCGCAAACCAGGCAGAGACCUGUGUUCACUCAACCGUUGCAGAACAUCGAUGCCAUUCCCGAAGGACAUACAGCUCACUUCGAAUGCAGAUUGAUUCCUGUUGGAGAUCCCACAUUGAAGGUUGAAUGGUUCAGAAAUGAAAUCCCUCUUGAGACAAGUUCACGAAUAACCAAAGUUCACGAUUUCGGAUACGUGUCGUUGGAUAUCACUCAUGUCAGAGAGGAAGAUGAAGGUGUCUACAUGUGUCGUGCUACCAAUCCACUUGGUGAAGCAGUUACAACUGCUUCGAUGAAGAUCAGAAGUAAAGCGAGUAUUCAAUUAGACACCCAACAUCCCGAAGCGCAACGUAAGAUAGCCCAACUUGAAGCCGACAAAGGACCGAGUCGCACUGAAGAGCCAGAGAAAGUAUUCGACAAACCUAUCUUCACGCAAUUAUUGACCGGACCCACAGAAUUGUGGGAAGGUCAAAUGGCUAGAUAUGAAUGCAGAGUCGUUCCAGUUGGUGAUGCCAGUUUAAGAUUCGAGUGGUAUAUAAAUGGAGUCGAACUAAAAAUGGGAUCUCGGUUCCACGUAAGCCACGAUUUCGGCUACGUGACUUUGGAUAUCUUGAAAGUAAUCACGGAGGAUUCAGGUGUGUACACCUGCAAAGCAAUUAACAAAGCUGGCGAAGCGGUUUCCUCGAUAUCCUUGAAAGUGAAAGCGCGCUCGGCCAUCGAUGCCGAAAGUUUGCAACCGGAUGCGUGGCAAAAGAUCCAACUGAAAGAGGCAGAGAUGAACAAAGUGCCGGAAAUGUUCGUGGACACGACGCCUCAACAAGCGCCAGUGUUCACCAAACACCUGGAAAGCUACGACAAACUCGUGGAGGGUCAACAUGUGUACUUAGAGGCUCAGGUAGAACCAAGAGCAGAUCCAAAUCUGCGCGUGGAAUGGUUCAAGAAUGGGAUUGCUCUUCAAACUGGAACCAGACUUCGCAGUACCUUCGACUUUGGCCUCGUCACAUUGUCCAUCAAUGGCCUCAGAUCCGAUGAUUCCGCCAUCUACACCUGCAAAGCCACCAAUCUCCUCGGUGAAGCUGUGUCCACUUGCAGCCUGAAGAUCGUCGAUCGCCAUUGGUUGCUUGGUGAUACUCUUCAUCCUGACGCACUUCCAAAGAUCGAUGCUUUGGAACAACCUCAUGUCACCACAGUAGAACAACCAGAGCCGAUAUACGAAGUUCCAGUAUUCAUCACUCAUUUGAACAAUGUCGAGUGCGUGGAAGGUGACAAUGCGCACUUCGAGUGCAACGUGGAACCGUCCAAAGAUCCGACGAUGAAAAUCGAAUGGUUCAUCAAUGGAAAACCGCUUCCAACUGGAGCAAGAUUCAAAUCGACUUACGAUUUUGGCUAUGUAGCUUUGGACCUUACCCACGCUUACGAGGAAGACUCGGGAGUGGUGAUCGUCAAGGCCACGAACUCGAAGGGAUCGGCUCAGACGUCAGGCACCUUGAAAUGCACCAGCAAACAAAGCAUCUAUCUACAGACUCAGCAUCCCCAAGGAGAGGCUGGACUGGAGAAGGUGAAAGAAGUGGAGGACGCUUAUCUAUCCAAAUUGAAGAGACCGGACGCUGGACCGGAACAAGAAUAUCCGAAACCUGUGUGGACAGUGCCUCUGCAACCGGAGUUUAAGCUGGGUGAAUCUGAACCUCUUCAUCUGGAGGGCCAAGUUGAGCCCAAGGAUGAUCCAAAUUUGAAGAUCGAGUGGUACUUUAAUGGAAAGACUCUGGAGCAUGGGUCCAGGUUCAAGAUGACCAGCGACUUUGGUUUCGUCACUUUGGAUCUAACUGAUGUGUACGAUCGUGACUCUGGGAUUUACACCUGCAAAGCCUACAACAAGGCAGGAGAAGCCUUCACUUCGACCACGAUCUACUGCUCGACUAAGGAGAACAUCAUAGAGAAAUCCCAACAUCCAAAGGGCAAAGAAGGUCUCGAAGCGAUUCAAGAUCUAGAAGAAUCGUUGAAACGACAGGAAGGAGCUCCACCGGAGAGCGAGGAAGGUCAUCCACCUGUAUUCACGUCUCAGUUCGAGAACCUGACCAAUCUAUCUGAAGGGGAGAUAGCUCACUUCGAGGCAUCUCUUACGCCAACUGGUGACCAAACAAUGGUAGUCGAGUGGUUCUACAAUGGAAAAUCGUUAGAGGCCAGUCAUCGCACGAGAACGGUCUACGCCUUUGGCAUGGUCGUUCUCGAAGUUCUUGGAACCAAGAUAGAGGACUCUGGCACCUAUUCCUGCAGGGCUACCAACAAAUGGGGUCAGGCUGAGAUCAGCGUGCAAUUGGAAUGCGUGGACAAAUCUAAAGGACAGAAACCAAAGUUCACCACCCAUAUCCAGUCUCUGGAGGGUCUGAAGGAUGGCCAAUCGGCGCACUUUGAGUGCACUCUGAUCCCAGUCGGGGAUCCUCAUAUGAAGGUUGAAUGGUUCCACAACGGACAACCUCUGAGACACUCUUCCAGGUUCAAGAUGGUGUCCGACUUUGGAUUCGUCGUGAUGGACAUUGCUGGCGUGAUGGCUCACGACACUGGAGAGUACGUGUGCAAAGCAAGCAACAAAUUCGGCGAAGAUUACACCAAAGCCACGUUGAAAUGCUUUGGAAAGAGCGGGGUAUACCUCGACUCGUUGCAACCCGAUUCCCUGGCCAGAAUCAGGGAGUUGGAGAGUUAUGGUGGUGAACAACCUACCACGCCAACGACACCAGUGGCAGAGCCACCUAAAUUCAUCACGCAAAUCUCCGAUAUCACGAAACUGGUCGAAGGACAAUCCGCUCAUUUCGAGGCCAGACUUACACCUGUCAAUGAUCCAGACUUGAAAGUCGAGUGGUACUACAAUGGAAAGAAACUGCCUCAUGGACAUAGAUAUAGAACCUUCCACGAUUUUGGUAUCGUUAUCUUGGAUAUAUUGUAUUGUUACGAGGAAAAUUCUGGGGUCUACGAAUGUAGAGCUUUCAACAAGUACGGCGAGGACACGACUAAGGCGACUUUGAAAUGUUACUCCAAAUCGAGUCUCAUUUUGGAAUCUCAACUUCCUAAGGGAAUGGAAGGUGGAUUGGAAAAGAUCCAGACUUUGGAAGAUUCGAUGAUUCGAACAAGAGACGAAAAGAUCGUCGAGGAAAGAGGAAAGGCUCCUGUCUUCACCGUGCCCUUGAGCAACAUCGAUGGCCUUCGCGAGGGAGAGAGCGCGCACUUUGAAGCUAGACUUACACCCACUGACGAUCCAAAACUAAAGGUCGAAUGGUUCUGGAACGGUAAACCGCUGCGAACAGGCACUCGUUUCCGCACCUUCUGCGACUUCGGCUUCGUGAUCCUCGAGAUUUCGCCCAUCUAUCCAGAGGAUUCUGGCGAGUACAGUUGUCGAGCAACGAACGACUAUGGCGAAGCAGUGACCACCUGCACCAUGAAGUGCACAGGGAAACGAAGCAUCAUCCUCGAAUCCCAACUGCCAAAGGGAAUGGAGGGCACCAUCGACAAGAUAGCCGAGCUGGAAGGUCUUGGAAACGAGCCAGGCGAAGUGAUCCCAGACGACGAUACGGGGAAACCACCGGAAUUCAUCACAACUCCGUCCGACUUAACCCUAACCGAGAAUUCCUUGGCGCAUUUCGAGUGCAGAUUGACACCUAUCAACGACUCUAGCAUGAGGGUGGAAUGGUUCCACAAUGGAAAGCCUCUUCUGGCUGGAACCAGGAUCAAGACCAUCCACGACUUUGGCUUCGUCAUCCUGGAGGUGGCCAAUUGUUACCAACGCGACUCAGGCCUGUACACGUGCAAGGCGACCAACCGCCACGGCGAAGCAACAGUCUCGUGCAAACUUCAAGUCCGUGGACGACAAGGGAUCAUCUUGGAACCCCAGCUGCCUACCAAUUUCAAGACCGGAACGGAGAGUAUCCAGAAGUUGGAAGAGGCUUUGUACAAGAAGGAUGAGAUAUUGACCGAGGAAGAGACGCCCAAUCCUCCCAAGUUUACCGUCGAGUUGAAGGACAUCGAGGUAGAGGAAGGCGCGCCCAGUCAUUUCGAUUGCAGAGUCGAACCUGUCGGCGAUUCUACGAUGCGCAUUGAUUGGUUCCACAAUGGAAGAUCGUUCGCCACUGGAUCUCGCGUGCACCAGAUAAACGAUUUUGGUUUUAUCUCGUUGGAUAUGUCGUAUACUUAUGCCAGGGACAGCGGCGAGUAUGUUUGCAGAGCUACCAAUAAGUGGGGUUCUGCUACUACUAAAGCUACCAUAACUUGUAAAUCUAAGAAAACCAUAGAUUUCGACUCGCAGCUGCCUUCAGGCAUGAGUGGCGAGAAACUGAAGGAACUAGAACGUGGUCCAGUCAGCGAACCACCGCCUGAAGAGCCACCACGUCAACCACCGAAAUUCAUCACGCAUAUUCAAUCAGCGACAGUGGACGAAUCGGAAGCGGUCAGGUUCGAGUGUCGCGUGGAACCUAAGGACGACCCGAAUCUGCGUAUCGAGUGGUACAGAAAUGGAAAAUUGAUCCCGGCUGGACACAGAUACAGAACAAUGUACGACAUGGGAUUCGUGUCUAUGGAUAUCUUGUACGUCUACCCUGAAGACUCGGGAGAAUACGUGUGCAAAGCUAUCAAUGAUCUCGGAGAAGACACCACUAGGGCAUCGGUAUCCUGCAAAAAGUUGCCCAACAUCAUUCUACAGAACCAAGUGCCAAAAGGUAUGAAGAAAUCGGAAGCGUUGAUGCAGAUGGAAGCGACUAUCAAGAAAUACACCUCAGAAGUCCAUCUUACGGAGGACGAUCUCUACGACGCGGACAAGAAACAACCGCCUCGUUUCGUCACCCAGAUCCAAGAUCAAACCGAGCUUGUCGAGAUGAACAGCACGAAAUUCGAAUGUCAAUUGGCGCCUGUCGGCGAUCCAAACAUGAAGGUCGAAUGGUUCUUCAAUGGCAAACCUCUACCGCAUAAGAACAGAUUCACCCCUAUUUACGACUUUGGUUACGUGGCCAUGAAUUUCGGCUGGGUCUAUCCCGAAGACAGCGGCGAAUACCUUUGCAAGGCCACGAAUCUUUAUGGGAUGGACGAGACACGGGCGGUGAUUCGAACGGCUGGCAAGCCUGGAAUUAUUUACGAGUCCCAAUUACCGAAGGGCAUGAAGAGUAUCGAAAAGAUCAGAGAAAUGGAAGCUGCAUGGCAAAUAGUACCUGAGGAAGAAGGUGAAGAAGAGAAGGUGAGGGCGCCCCCAACAUUCGUGAGCAAACCAGAACCAGUGACCGUCGAAGAGGGCGAUUGGUCCAGGUUCUGCUGUCGUGUCACUGGUCACCCAAGACCCCGUGUCAUGUGGAUCAUCAAUGGACAUACCGUGGUCAACGGAUCACGUUAUAAACUGACUUACGACGGCAUGUAUCACCUGGACAUCCCGAAAACGAGGCAAUACGAUCACGGAAAAGUGGAAGUGAUCGCGAGAAGCUCAGUAGGCGAGGCACGUACCGAAACCACAUUGACAGUGAAACCACGAAGCGACGAUUAUCGUGGCGUGUUGAAGAACUCGCCAAGACCUUGGUAUGAUUACGGGCUGACCCAAUACCAAACGGAGCGACAGAACACAGAACUCGAGAGAGUUUUCGACGAGAGGCACCAUAACAUCUCUCAGGGCAUCGAGAUCGCCACCGAACACCUUGGACAGAAGGUCUACAAGGAACCAGAGACCGAAUGGCAAAAAUCUGUGAAGAGUAAGAAGAACGAGGAUUAUUACAACAAACUGAUGACUCUCGAAGAGGAACAGGUCUUAAAGGAGAGUAGAUUGAGAGAAUCCAGCCACCAGUUCGCCAUUCCUGGCGAAAAAGUUGUCGCCCAUUCUGUGGCAAAAGGGAUGGCCCAGCAAUACGAGGAGACGCUGGAUGACAAGAAGGAGGAGAAGAUUCAGGAGACGCAGCAGACAACCACGAAAUUCGUGAAGAAGCCACACACGACGGAAGUGGACAUCGAUAUGGAGCGCGUGAAAGGAAGGUAUCCUCCAGAGCCGUCGGAAUCCACGGUGCACGGGCGCGAGGUGCACGUAGCCAAGCAGAAGCAGAUCCAGAAAGAGGUGAAAGGCGAUCUGGAGAUCACCAGAAAGAUAACGGCCACGGAAACGACCGAGGUGGAGCACAAAGCGAAAACUCAGGAGCGCAUCGUUCAAGGUCCAACGAAACCUGCCAAACCUCCUGUGUUCACGAAGAAGAUUCAACCUUGCAGAGCGUUCGAGCAGGAGCAAGCACGAUUCGAGGUCGAAUUCGAUGGCGAUCCAUUGCCGACCAUCAAAUGGUACCGCGAGGAUUUCCCCAUACAGAACUCUCCGGAUCUUCAGAUCUACACGUUCAGCACGAAAUCGGUGUUGAUCAUUCGCCAAGUUUUCAUGGAGGAUUCCGGUGUGUUCUCCGUGAUCGCUGAGAAUCGCGGUGGGAAGGCGAAAUGCAGUGCGAAUUUGGUGGUAGAGGAGCGUAGAAGGCAACCGGGCAGAGGUGGAGUGGUGCCACCUAGCUUCCUAUCCACCAUUCAAAGCACCUCGGUCACCACUGGCCAACUGGCUAGAUUUGACGCCAAAGUGACCGGAACUAAGCCUUUGGAUGUUUAUUGGUUGAAGAACGGCAAGAAAGUGACGGCAGACAUUCGUUACAAGACACUCGAAGAGGACAACACCUACACCCUGUUGAUUCUGGAAACCAUACCAGAAGAUUCGGGCAAAUAUGAAUGCGUCGCGAUAAACAGCGCUGGAGAGGCGCGUUGCGACGCCGAGUGCACGGUCCGUGGCCCUCAAUCUCCCGCCAAAACCGCGAAACCAACGACACCUGGCGUUGAGAAGGCGCCGCAGGUGUUGGAGCCGUUGAAAGAUCAAACUAUCAGAGAGGGUACGUCGGUCGCGUUCGCGUGUAGGAUCACUGGGAAACCGGUACCCACGGUGCAAUGGAAGAAAGGCGACAAGGUUAUCAAACCAUCUAAAUAUUUCCAAAUGCAAAAGGAUGGCGACCUCUGCACCUUGAGAAUCUCUGAGGCAUUCCCCGAAGAUGAGGGAGUUUACAAGUGCAUUGCCAAGAAUCCAGCCGGUGAUGUGACCACUUCAGCAAACCUCAGAGUUCUUGCCCCCGAUGCAGCUGAUAUUCUCCCCAAAUUGUCACCACUGAAAGAUCAAAUAGUAUUUGAAGGACAGCCGGCACAAUUCAAGACUCAAGUUACUCCAGCUAAACCAAAGCCAACGAUCCAAUGGUAUCGCGAAGGUGCCCUAAUUCCUCAGUCACCCGAUUUUCAGAUGAUUCACGAAAGCAACAACGCCGUGUUGCUGAUAGCAACCACGUACGAAGAAGACACUGGCACCUUCACCUGCCGGGCUACCACAUCAGCCGGCACCGUAGAAACUUCCGCCAAACUCAUCGUAAAAAAGAGGAAAGGAGCGUAUUACGAGGUUCCUGCUGAGAUGGGACCAGGUGUAAAACCAUCGACAGAUUAUGGAAGAGACAUUGUCCUAGAGCCAUUGACUCUAGACGAGAAUGGAUUGCCAAUCGAAAGUUUACCCUUGCAAUCUGACGAAUCGUUACCUUGGAGAAAGGGACGGGUUCAUCAUCGACCUCGACUUGGCGACGUGACGCCAUGGAGGAAAACGAAACCGAAAUCUCGCGACACAUCUUUGGACAAAUUGCAACCCGUGGAAGGCCAGGUGAAACCUUGGACAGAGGAAGCGGUAGUGUUGAAGAAAACUCCGCAAGUGCCUCGUGAAACGCCAAGAGAAAAAUUGGAGGAAGUCGAGUUGAAACCAACAAAAAUUGAGAAGAAAGAUAUUGUAAGAACUAGCCUUGAAGCGGUUGAUCUGAAACCUGUUGUUAGAGAAAUGACGAAAGAAGUAAAAACUGAAGAAGAGAAGAUCAGUCAAUUGGAUAAGACUACGGAAAAAGUUUACGUGGAAGAAGAGGAUUCUAGAUUUAUCAAAACCUCGAGAAGAAUAGAUGAAACUGUUCAGAGGAAAAAGGAAGAAACUAAACCUUGGACCGAAGAGAAGGUUACGUUAAAGAAAUCAAAACUCGAUAGGAAGGAGAUUCCUAGAGAGACUUUAGAGACUGUAGAACUGAAACCUUCAAAGAUUGUUAAGAAGGAGGUCGAGAAAGCUACUUUGGAGAAGGUUGAUUUGAAAUCUAUUCCUACAGUGACUGAGAAGAUUACUGAGGAAACGAUUUCGAAGACUGAGUAUCUUGAACAAGAGGACACGUCGAUGUUAGAUGUGACUAAGAUUGAAGAAGUGAAGAAAUUAAAGAAAGAAAAGAUAGAGGAAAAAGUAGAACAAGCGAAACCUUGGACCGAAGAGAAGAUUACCUUGAAGAAAUCUAAACCAGUAAAGAAAGAGAUUGAGAAAGAAACUAUAGAAACUGUGGAAUUAAAACCAUCGAAGAUUGAAAAAUUACCUGAUCGAAAACCAAGUUUAGAGAAAGUGGACUUGAAACCUGUUUCAACGACAGUGACUGAAAAAAUUACCGAGAAAAAGAUCACUGAAAAAACUAAAUAUUUUGAAGAAGAGGAUACUGCUUUAUUAGAGGUAUCAAAGACUGAAGAACUGAAGAAAGUAAAAAAAGACAAAAUUGAGGAGAAACCGGAAGAGAAGCCUAAACCUUGGACUGAAGAAAAAGUUACAUUAAAGAAGGCUAAGCCUGUGAAAAAAGAAGUUGAAAAGGAGACGAUAGAAACAGUUGAAUUAAAACCAUCGAAAAUAACGAAAACUUCAAUUCGAAAAGAGAGUUUAGAAACAGUGGAUCUUAAAGCUGUCACGAAGGAAACAGAGAAAACGAUGAAAGAAAUCGUACAAAAGACUGAUUACAUGGAACAAGAAGACACGACAUUGCUUGAUAUUUCCAAAGAUACGCAAGUGAAGAAAACGAGGAAAGAGUCGAUCUCAGUGGAAAAGGUGGAACAAGCUAAACCUUGGACGGAAGAGAAAAUAACAUUGAAAAAAGCCAAACCUGAAAAGAAAGAAAUAUCGAAAGAAACGUUCGAAACUGUACAAUUAAAACCAUCCAGGCCAGAAAAGGCAGAUAUAGAAAAAUUGAGUCUCGAAGAGGUAGAUUUGAAACCUAUUCCUAAGAAAGAAGUUCCUAAAAAAUCUGAAGAAAAAGAGGUGGUCGUUGAAGAAGAUGAUACGACUCUUCUUCAGGUCACCAAGGAUACCGAAACUACUGUCAAGAUCGAUAAAAAAGUAAAGAAAAAGGAAGAAGUUGAAAGAAAAAUUUCAGAAACUAAGCCUUGGACUGAAGAGAAAAUAACCUUAAAGAAAGCUAAAGUCGAGCAGAAAGAAGUUCGAAGGGAAAGUUUGGAAGAAGUGAUCUUGAAACCAACUAAAACAGAAAAAAGAGAAAUAAAGAAGGAAACAUUGGAGAAAGUAGAUUUGCAAAAAAUGAUUGACAAAACUCAAUUUGUAGAGAAAGAAGAUACGAAAGUCUUGAAAAUAGACAGAGAAGAAAAAAUUGAGGAAGACAAAACAGAAAAAGUAGCGACUUGGAGAAAAGAAAGGAAACCGAAGGAACAGAUACCAUAUCAUGAGGAAGAAGAUAAAACGAUAUUAGAUGUAGGGAAAGAUGUCGAAUUCACGGAGAAACAGAAGGAAGUGCCAGUACCUUGGGUCAGAGGCAAGAAAAAACCCACAGAAAAAAUUCCUUAUCACGAAGAAGAGGAUACUACUCUCCUUGACGUUGAAAAGACUGAAAAGACGACUGAGAAACAGGCGAAGGAGGAAGUGCCGGUUCCAUGGGCGCGAGGAAAGAAAGCAAAGGAAGAAAAACCAGAAGUUCUACAAAUACAACUUGAUGAAAAACCAGUAGAGGAAGAAGAAAAAUUGGAAACAAUGCAAGUUCCAUGGCUUCGAGAUAAGAAGGUGACAAAGAAGAUACCGGAAAAGAAAGAGGAACCGGUUGAGGAUAUCAAAUCUGUCAUGUUGAAACCAGUCAGGCGCGAACGUGUACCGGAAGAGAAAGAGAAACUAGAAGAAGUAACAUUGAAGCCUGUCAAACGCAUUCCACGUGAAGAAGAAGAGAAGGAGGAAGUGCAAUUGAAACCCAUUCCGAAAUCCAAACCUGAAGAGAAACCACGUGAAGAAGUGACAUUGAAACCAUUCCAAAAACCGAAACCAGAAGAAGAGAAAUUGAAGAAACCAGAAUUGAAACCAUUCGAGAAACCUAAACCUGAAGCACCAGAAGAGGAAAAAGUACAGUUAAAAUCAUUUAAACGAGAAAAACCGGAAGAAAAACCAACUGUAAUCCCAAAAACACUUCCGGAAAAACCACAAGAAAAAGAAAUAAAGGAAGUUGAAGAAAUAUCAUGGAAACCAAAAAAACCGUCGAUUCCUGAAACACCUGUUGAAAAAAUAGCAGAAAAGAUUGUAGAGGAAAAAGUAAUUAAAAAGGAAGAAGAAACGAUCGAAGAUUUCAAAUCAAUAGCUUUGAAACCGGUUAAACGAGAGAAAAAACCUGAGGAACGGGAAGAUAAGGAGGAAAUCACAUUGAAACCAGUGAAACGUAUUCCUCAAAAGGAAGAAAGCACUGAGGAAAUUAAAUUGAAACCGGUAGAGAAACCAAAACCAGAGAAGAAGAUCGAAGAGAAAGAAGAGAAAAUCUUGAAACCAAUCGAACAAGAAAAACCAAUUGAAUCAGAAUUACCUUGGCGACGUGACAAAAAGAAACCUAUCGAGCAAAAAGUUACCGAAAUCACAAUUGAAGAGAAAAAAAUGGAAGAAGAACAACCAGAAGUUAGUUGGCGUAAACCACGGGAGAAAGUGCAAAAAGAAAAAGUGGAAGAUUUCACAACAGUUAAAUUAAAACCAGCAAAAAAAGAAAAAAGACCGGAUGAAAAAGUAGAAAAGGAAGAAGUAAUAUUGAAACCGAUUGAGAAAAUACCAAAAGAGGAAGAAACAAUUGAAGAAGUGAAACUUAAACCAGCAAAAUUGGAGAAACCAGAAACAGUUGAAAAUGGUGAAAUUCUUGAAGAAAAGACUGAAUUGCCAUGGCGGCGUGGUAAAAAAACAACAGAGAAAUUAGCAAAGGAAAAAGUGAAAUCCGAACAAUUACUGAAACCUGAAGAAGAAGUACCUAAAAGGAUCGAGGAACAAAUAAUAUUUAAACGUAAAGAUGAGAAACCUGAGGAAAAAGAAAUACCAGAGAUUAAAUUAAAACCAGUUAAACACAUAGAAAAACCAAAAGAAGAAAAGCCUGAAGAAGUAAAAUUAAAACCUGUAAAACGACUUCCUAAGGAAGAAGAGGAAAAAGAAGUAAUAACUCUGAAACCAAUAAAGAAAGAAAAACCAGAGGAAGAAAAACCCGAAGAAGUGAAAUUGAAACCUGUAAAACGACUUCCUAAGGAAGAAGAGGAAAAAGAAGUGGUAACUCUGAAACCAAUAAAGAAAGAAAAACCAGAGGAAGAAAAACCUGAAGAAGUGAAAUUGAAACCUGUAAAACAUAUAGAAAAACCAGCAGAAGAGAAACCCGAAGAAGUGAAAUUGAAACCUAUAAAACGACUUCCUAAGGAAGAAGAGGAAAAAGAAGUGGUAACUCUGAAACCAAUAAAGAAAGAAAAGCCGGAAGAAGAGAAACCUGAAGAAGUAAAAUUGAAACCUGUGAAACGUCUUCCUAAGGAAGAAGAAGAAAAAGAAGUGGUAACUCUGAAACCAAUAAAGAAAGAAAAGCCGGAAGAAGAGAAACCUGAAGAAGUAAAAUUGAAACCUGUGAAACGUCUUCCUAAGGAAGAAGAGGAAAAAGAAGUGGUAACUCUGAAACCAAUAAAGAAAGAAAAACCAGAGGAAGAAAAACCUGAAGAAGUGAAAUUAAAACCUGUGAAACGUCUUCCUAAGGAAGAAGAAGAAAAAGAAGUGGUAACUCUGAAACCAAUAAAGAAAGAAGAGCCGGAAGAAGAGAAACCUGAAGAAGUAAAAUUGAAACCUGUGAAACGACUUCCUAAGGAAGAAGAGGAAAAAGAAGUGGUAACUCUGAAACCAAUAAAGAAAGAAAAACUAGAGGAAGAAAAACCUGAAGAAGUGAAAUUGAAACCUAUAAUAAAGAAAGAAAAACUAGAGGAAGAAAAACCUGAAGAAGUGAAAUUGAAACCUGUAAAACAUGUAGAAAAACCAGAGGAAGAAAAACCUGAAGAAGUGAAAUUGAAACCUGUAAAACGACUUCCUAAGGAAGAAGAGGAAAAAGAAGUGGUAACUCUGAAACCAAUAAAGAAAGAAAAGCCGGAAGAAGAGAAACCUGAAGAAGUAAAAUUGAAACCUGUGAAACGUCUUCCUAAGGAAGAAGAGAAAAAAGAAGUGGUAACUCUGAAACCAAUAAAGAAAGAAAAACCAGAGGAAGAAAAACCUGAAGAAGUGAAAUUAAAACCUCUGAAACAUGUAGAAAAACCAAAAGAAGAAAAACCAGAGGAAGUCAAAUUAAAACCUGUCAAGCUUCUGCCAAAGGAAGAAGAAGAAAAAGAGGAAGUAAUUUUGAAACCGAUAAAGAAAGAAAAGCCAGAAGAAGAAAAACCUGAAGAAGUUAAAUUAAAACCAAUCAAACAUUCUGAGAAACCAAAAGAGGAAAAACCGGAAGAAGUGAAAUUAGAACCAGUUCCAAAACCUGUUCCUGAAAAAAUUGAAGAGAAACCUGAAGAUGAGGAGGAAAAAGUAUUACCAUGGCGUCGUGGCAAGAAGACAAAGAAGAUUGUCGAUUUCCGAGAAGAAGUCACGGUGGUACCAAUCGAUCAAGAGAAAAUGAUUACAGAGGUACACGAAGAAGAGACAAAGAUCGUGGAACAAAAAGUAGAGGCUAAAAAAAUAAUCCAAAUGGAGGUAAAAGAAAUCAAAGAGGAGAAACCGGAAGAAACUGCACUUCCAUGGAGAAGACCGACAAAAGAAGUAAAAGAGAUCAUCGAAGAAAAAGUCGUAGUUGAAGAAAUUAAACCUGAAACGGUACUCAAGGAAGAUAAAGUUAUUGAAGAUGUCACUGAAACAUCGGAAGUCUCUUGGAGAAAGAGGCGAAAACCGAAGAAACCGGAAGAAGAAAAAGAAGUAGUCGAGUUGAAACCAGUCGAGAAACGCGAGGAGUUUGUAGAAAGAAUAGAAGAAAUCGUUCUGAAACCUGUCAAAAAGGAAAAAGUACCCGAAGAAGUCGAGAAAGAUGAAAUUCGUCUGAAACCUGUUCCCAAAAAACCACAGGAGGAAGAAGUACCCGAAAAGGUGACUUUGAAACCUGUCAAGAGGGAGAAACUCGAGGAGAAACCUAAGAAGGAAGAAAUAUCAGAAUUGAAACCGGUAAAAUUAGAAAAACCGAAGAAACUUGAAGAAGAAGAGAUAGAGGAAGAGAAGGUGACCGAAAUAUCAUGGAGGAAACCUAAAAAGAAACCAGAAGAGAUACCUGUACCUGUAGAAAAAGAAGUUCAAGUGAUCGAAGCGACUAAAGUGGAAAAGAUUGUUGAAGAUGUAGUCGAGGUCGAGAAGAAAAAAGUCCAAGUUGAGGAUCGUAGGAGAAAACACAAGCAACGUACGCAAGUCGAGAUAUCUAUCACGGAUAAAGAUAAGAAAAUUGCACCGAGAUUUAUUCAGAAACUUCAACCCGUUAUCGCGCAACCUGAAACAACCGCGAAAUUCACAUGUACAGUAUUUGGCAAUCCAUUCCCCGAAAUUACCUGGUACAGAAACGAGCAGGAGCUUCAUGCGAGUGAGAAGUACAUAAUGACCAUCUACGAAACGACCGCAACGUUGGAGAUAACGAAGGUGAAGGAGGAGGACGCUGGAAUGUAUUCUUGCAGAGCGUCGAAUCCGGCUGGAGUAGCCACGUCCACCGUCAAUCUCGUGAUAUUUGAAAAAGAGGAAGAGGGUAUAGCGCCACAUUUCGCGACACCGAUAAAACCUCUCAUGGUGGAGGAGCACAAGCCAGCUCUGCUCGAGUGCAUCGUCACCGGUACACCGAUGCCGGAAGUGAAGUGGUAUCGUGGGGAAGAAGAGCUGAAACCGAAAAAGGGCAGAGAGAUCACGUUCAAUCCGGAAACUGGGGAGGCGAAGUUGCGCAUAUUGGAGCCGACCGAGGAGGACGAGACUAUAUAUCGCGUACGGGCCGUGAAUAAAUUCGGACGCGCCGAAUGCAGAGCGAAUCUGGUGAUCAGUAACGUGGUGAGGGUGAGCAAACCGGAAGUUCUGAGGGCGCCAAAAAUCACCAGACCCCUGCCAGCCUUGGUCGCCGAGUUUGGAAAGCCUUUGACGUUGUCCGCUGAUUUCGAGAGCAAACCAACACCGGAAGUGAAAUGGUACCGCAACGGUGCCGAGAUCGUACCGUCUGACAAGCGUGUGAUUAAGAUUUACGAAAACACGACCGAGUUGUACAUUCCUGAGGUGACGAAGAAGGAUGGAGGGAAGUAUGAGGUCCGAGUGGAAAAUCCUGUCGGUGAGGCGAGAAGCUCUGGCUCUGUGACGGUGAAGGAACGAGAGGACAAGACGGACGAGGUGAAAGCACCGAGAUUUAUCGAGCCGCUGCAACCGCAAAUCGUAACCGAGGGAGAAGUCGUGAUCAUGGAAACACGUGUCGAUUCCUAUCCGACAGCCUCCUUCCAAUGGUUCCACGAUACUCGUCCUUUGGAGUCCACGCCACAGGUGAGGAUCGUAACGCAAGAGAACAAAUCGAUCCUAAUGAUCAAGGAGAUCAAACCCGAGUACUCGGGUACGUACACUUGUCGUGCGGAGAACGUUGGCGGAUCUGUCACCUGCACGGCGACCAUAAAUCUGUUGGAUACGCCUUGGGAGGAAACCGUGGAGCUGGUUUCACCGACGUUUGUCAAACGGUUGUCGCCGGUCAGGGUCAUGGACGGUGAAAGCGCCAACCUGACGUGCAUCGUCCAAGGAAAACCCACGCCCAGGGUCGAGUGGUAUCACGACAAUAAACCGAUCAAGGAGGGCAAGGAGAUCACGAUCGUGCAAGACACGGAAGGCGUUUGCAGUUUGGCCAUAACCGAAGUUUUUCCAGAGGAUGCUGGAGAAUACACUUGUCGUGCCGUGAAUCCUGUUGGAGAAGCGGUUUGCACGUCGUCGCUUAUCGUGGAAGCGUACGAGUAUGUACCGGAUUCAGAGAUCGCUUCUUCGAUUGUCGCGACGUCUCUUACUACAGGGCAAAGCGGUUCGGAGGAGGAUCUUUUAUCUCCAAAGGAAACACCUUUGUUCGACACGGACGAGGAAUCUGCGCCGGAGAUAGUAAAGAAACUUCCUCAACUAAUUCCUACCAAAGUCGGAGAACUAACCAGGUUGGAAGUGAAAGUGAAAGGAAAACCAAAACCAGAAGGAAAAUGGUACAAGCAGGGCGUCGAGAUCGUGCCGUCCCAAGAAUUCCUGAUCGAGGAAUUCGAGGAUGGCACUUCCGUGUUAACGAUAGCCGAAACUUAUCCAGACGACAUGGGUGAGAUUGUGUUCGAGGUGCACAAUCCACUCGGCGUAUCGACCACGACCACCUAUCUGUCGGUAGAAGGAAUCGUCGGAACGAAGGAGUACAGGAAGCCAUCAUGGGUCACCCAGAUGGAGGAGAUGCAAGAAGCUCUAAGAGCCACGCAAUCUGUACCACGAUUCAUUCAAGAGAUUACCGAUGUUUAUGCGAAGGAAGGUGAAACCGCGGUGUUCGAAUGCAUAUAUUCUGGCAAUCCUGUUCCAGACGUUGUAUGGUAUAAGAACGAUAAGAUGAUCACCAAUACCCCGAACGUGAAAAUACGUCUUUUGGACGAGGAGAAAAAGACAAUAUUGACAAUUAAACACGCGACCGAAGAAGACGAUGCCACUUACGUGUGCAAAGCUACAAGUGAGAUAGGUUUAACAACAACGAAAGCUAAACUACAUGUAACAGAAAUAACUGGCAAGGAAAUCUUCAUGGACGAAGAACAGUUCGAGGAGCAAGUGGUAGAGGAGAAACCUAAGAAGAAGCCAGAAGAAGAGAAGCCUCACAAGAAGAAGAAGCCAGAAAUGAAGAAGGCUAAAGAGACGAAGGAAAAAAUCAAAGGGGAACGUGUGAAGGUAGACAAAAAGGAGUUACAUAAAGAGAAACUGGUUCCCAAGGAACAGCCAGAAGAAAAGAAAAUUGUGGAUAUCGAAGAAACUCAAACGCUUGAAACGACAGAAAUUAUUGAAGAACAACCGACAGAGGUAACACGAGCAAAGAAAGUGGUGCCGAUCCAAGAGCCCCUAAUAACAGAGGCGACCGCGUCACUGAAGAAAAUUGACGAUGAGAAAGAGCGGGAAAUUAUACCGAAGACGGAGGAGCGCGCGAAGAGGGUGGUGGAGGAGCGAGAGGGAGUGGUGGUUUCAGAAAUGGCCGUCGAGGACACGGCCCAUGAUUUCACGAUAGAAUCGGUGGUCGAUCGUGCACAGGUCACGUCGGAGACAUUGCAAACCGUGUCCGUGUCGGAGGUGCACACGGAGGCCAGCGUCCAAGAGAUCAGACGAGUGGACACGAGAAGGAAAGCGAAGAAAACCGUGGUCACAGAGGAGGAGGAGCGUCCAAGAGAAAUCGUGAUUGAGGAGAAGCCGAAAAAGAAGAAGAAGGAGAAGCUGAAGGCGAGGGAGGAGGUGAGCAUCGAGGAAAUAGUGGAGAGACAGAGGGAGAGUAUCGCGAGAGAGGUGGAGGAAAUUAUGGAGACGCUUCACGCAAAAGAGUUCGGGCCAGGGGAGGCUCCUCUUCGAGAAUUGGCCACCAUCGGUUUCUUGGUACGCCAGGGUGUCUCUGUGAACGAGAUCAACGAGAGCUUGUACAGAACGGACAAUUUCCCUGCGCUGAAAACCCCCGAGGCUCAGAAUGCGCUUGUCCAAUUGGUCGAGAGGGAGGGUCAUGGGCCAUUGAUCACCCAAGUUCUGACAGAAGAAACGACUACUGACGAGAGUGUGGUGGCCGCUACCGUCGGCUUCCGCGCCUUCAUGAGGAUGAUCGAGUUGCAACACGUCACCGUUGAAGAGGUCCUCACUCAUUUCGCACCGGAGGACUUCCGGCCGCGAGCUUGGGAGGUUACAGAAGCCACGGAAGUUGAAACGGAGGAACGCAUUACGGAACGGGUGGAUGUCAUUCACAAAACGGAGGUCCAUUUCAUGGAGAGGAGGGACGAAAGAAAAGCCGUCCGCACGCAGGAUAUUCGAGACAUUAAAGAAUACGAGGACACACGGCAGGCACACACGACACUGCGCGAACGAAAAUUAUCGAAACCGAAGGAACAAAUCGAGGAGAGAAAAGAAGAUAGGGACGAGGGGGUUCAGGUUGUAGAGAUCGAGGAAAUUGAGGAAACCGAAACCGGGAGGAAGAAGAGAAAGGAUGUGGAAGAGAUUGAGGAAGAAAUCGAGACAAUUAUCGUUGAGACAGACUCGAAGCGCAAACUGGCUCAGAAACAAAAGAAACGCGUGGAUGUGGAAGAAGAAGAGAUCAUAGAAAAAGAGAGAAAAGAAUUGACACCUAAAAGACCUCGUAUUGGACGAGAUGAGGUUGAAAUGGAAGAAAUCGAAGAGUUCGAGAUAAAGGAAGACAGAUCUGUGCCUUCCCUCAUAUUAAAUGUUCCUAGCCAACGUCAUCAGAUAAUACCUUUGGACCGUACUAUCGAGCAAGCACUUGGUAAACCGGAAUUGGAAAAAGCUAAACUAACAAUGGACACCAUUACGCCGUUAACCGAGCAUUUGGUUCCUAUUCAGGAGAAAGAAAUCGAUGAUAUUAGCCAAAUUAAACUCAUAGAACGGAAAGCAUCCUUGUCCAUUUCGCCAAUGGAACCUUACUCCAUCACGGAAACAACCGUCCAAGCUUCUACUGGCGAAUUCGUGGGUACUUUCAAACCUACAUUCUACGAAGCGACAUGUGGUAUCGUGCCAUCCGAAAGUCUGGUAGUCAGCGAAACUCUGGCCAACGAUGCUGGAUUAUCCAGUUUAACCAUUAAUAAACAGGAAAUCAGUAAAACUGCAGACGUUAGUGUGACUCUUCAGGAAGCCACGACUGUUUAUGAAACCAUGGUAAGUCAAAAGGAAGCUCCAACGGAAGAUUUCGUGUCACCAUCGACUGUCAGAGCAGAAGACACUAUCCUUCCUCAAAUAGGAUUGUCUGUGUACGAGAUUCAGGAAGGAUUAACGGAAGAUAAAUUAGAGCCCUUGAAGACUUUACCGACUAAGCCUAGAGUGAAUGUCACUGCGGUUGAACCAUUGCUCGUGGAAGAGGUUAGAGCAGAGGACAAACCAGGAAAGUAUUAUCCAGAACUUGUAGUUCCGACAGAGGUCGCUACUGAGACCGUAAUUCCUCAACGACAACGAGUGACUGAGGAAAUGCACGCACCUGAAAAGGAGGGCAUGUAUGUUCCAGGAAGAUUACCACCUAGUCAGAAAGCACAAGUUGGAAUAUCUUAUGGAAACGAAACUGCUAUAGUUCAGCAAAAUAUCGUACAGGAAAGCGAAGGGGUAUUUAUUUCAGAAAGAAAAACUGACACUUUUGAAGCUACGCCCAAUGUCACUGUGCUUGAAGGAGUUUCCGUGUCCACAGUUCAAACUCAAGAUACGGAAAGUGACUUGACGAUUGAAGAGAUGAAGAAGGCAGUGGCUGAUUUGAACAUCAUUGAGAUCACAUCAGCAGUGACGAGUGAAACUGUGCCAUCUGAGAAAGAGAAAGAAUAUCAACUCGGAGACAAACCAGCUAUCAAAACGGCUGAAAUGUCUAUUUCCUUGUUGGAAAUCGGUUCCAUCGCGAGCACUAUCAUUCAAGAGUCUGAAGGAAUAUAUCAUCCUGAUCAGAAACCAACCAAAGUAUUGGCAGAAACUUCUAUCAAACCUGAAGAAUAUGUGCAAAUAUCUGAGAUUCAAACAGCGGAUUAUCCAUCUGAUUUUAAGGAAGAAUUGAAAUACGUGCAAGAAAGUGGAACAAUUGCUGUACAAUUAAUAGAGGCUAAAAUGAUUCAAGAAACUAUGACCCAUGAUCGUGAAGCAAAGAUGGAGGAAUUAGUAAAACCAGAAGAGCGUGUUGUAGAUACAAGCUAUGAUGCAAUUAAAAGUGUCGAAGUAUUCCAAACUACAUCCAUAGAGAAGGAAGCUGAUCUAAAAAUCUUCGAAAUGCCAGAAUCUCAUCGUGGAAAGGCAGUACCAACUCAUCCUAUUGUUUCAUUGGAGAUCGAAAUGACUCAACCGGAAGAUAAUUUAGGCAUGAUAAAAAAGGAAAUUCCAUCGUCUGGUAUCGCUAAAAUAGAACCUAUUGCUUUGCAAGAAACCAUAAUAGGUGAAACUGUGAUCGUUGAAGAUGUAGCACCGGUUCAAAAAGACAAAGUUCCUGAAUUCAAGAUGGCCGAAGUGAUAAUGAAUGAGAUUGAAAGUUUACGCACCACAAUGGUGAUAGCCAGCGAGAAAGAAGCUGAAUAUACUGAGAUUUCUGAAGUGAAAGGAGCUUAUGCUACUACAGAAUUUACUACACAGGUGGCGCCAGUAUUCGAAGAAGUUAGAACUCACUCACCGACAGAAGAAUAUAUCUCGGAAGAGAAACCAAUCUCCAGUGUGGCUCAACCAUCGCACGUUCCAUUAGAAAGUGUAACAAUUGCUAUGCAAGAAUUGGCAGAAAAGGAAGAUUUGUACACGACUGAAAUACAGCCAAAUAAGAAAACUGCGAUUGUCGAAUUGACCGAGCCUAUACCCGGUCCAAUUGUUCUUGAAGUUAUUUCUCAUGAUCGUGAGAAUGUGUACAGUCCUGAUGUAAAACCACAAGAUUAUACCGCUGAAACUUUAGUGUCUGGUCAUAAAGUUGCAUUAAAAUAUGAGACUUUGGUGGAACAAAGUACUGCUAACAUGAGCAUCGAUAAACCGAAAUCAAAAAAGGCUAUACCACAACGAGAUGCUUUGGAAGAAUUGAUCGUGACAGAAACAACUAUUGCCGAGACUGAAAAGACCAGAGAAACAGAUAUUCUUCCAACUAUCCAAAAUGCAGAAAUUGAAAUUCAAUCGAAAACCGAAAAAUUAACCGUGAUCGAGGUGACAAGUAUCCAGGAAGAAGAAAAAUUAGAAAUAGAGAAGAUACCAAAGGAAAGAAAAGUUGUACUGGGUAUCACUGAAGGACACGAGGUAGCUGAAAUGCAGGAGACUGUUCUAGCAAGUAAUAUUAAAAUUUUAAAGGAAGAAAAAGUCAAAGAAGAGCACGCUAAUCAACAACAAAGUGGAUUAGAAGUUGUAGAGCAGACAGAAAUAUCAAUCUCUGAGAAAGAGUCUCCUCUUCAAGAAGACGUGAGACCUGAUAUCAAAAACGUUGAAGUUACAUUCCAAGAAGGGGAGGGUGUUGUGGUAGAUAUGACGCAUCCUGAGUAUAAAGAGGGAAUAUUCACUCAAGAAGAAAAACCAAAAAGUGUAGAAGCUACAGUAGAUAUCAUCACGCAAGGAGUAGCAUCCAAAUUUGAAAUUUUGAGUGACACAGGCUUGAGUGAUUUGCCGCAUGAAACAGUUCAAGAGAUGAAACCUAAAACUACAAUAUUACCUAUCGAAGCUGUAGUUGCUGAAGAAGUACAGACGAGAGAAACAGAGGCACCAUUCAGUAAGAUUAAACCUAACGAUAAAAAAGCGAAUCUCGAGUUUGUGACAGGUGAAGGUUUGAUUAUUUCAGCGAUUACAACUGAAGAUAAGGAGAGUCUACUUCCAGAAACUGAAAAACCGAAAACCAAAUCCGCCAGUUUCGACAUUCCAACGCAUUUAGUAGCUCAGACCAUCGAGACUACUACUACAGACAAUGUAGGCGAGUUUAAACGAGAAGAAAUGCAUACAGUUACAGCUACAACUGAUCAUAUCACAUUCCGCAAUGUAAUUACAUCUGAAACAGCUACUGGUGAUCUUGAAAAAUCGAUGGAAGACUUCGUUCAACCAGACAAAAAAAUGGUCAAUGUUUCUUUUCAGGAGGAAGAAGGCAUAACAAUUAUUGAAACAAUUGCAUCAGAUAAAGAGAAAGAGUACUUCAAGAAGCUAGAAAUACAAGGAGAACAGGCUACUGCAAGCUUUGAUGCGCAUAAAGUUGCACAAUUAACAGAAAUCAAUCCAGCUGCUAUUUCUAGAGAUUUAACUGUACCUGCUCCAAUCACAGUAGCUGCCAAGGAAGAACGAUUACCAUUUGAAAGUAUCGUUCAAACAGAAACCAUCGUGUCUGAAACUGAGAAGGAAUUCAAGAAUAAACCUGUAAUCACUAAUAAAGCAGAGGUUUCUGUCAAUGAAAUCAUCAGUGCAACGACUACUACUGAGAUUCUAGCUGAUAAAGAAGAUAUUCUUCAGAUAUCUGAGAAACCAUCUGAGAAACAAGCUAGUGUACAAUUCGCUGGACACGUGAUUGCGGAAAAGACAGAAGUGACUGUCGAUUCCAGUGCUGGUAAAUUGGAAAAAAUAAAACCGGUCUCCGCAUUAGCAGUGCCAUCUAGCAUCCCUUUGGAAGCUGUGAUCAGUUCGGAAAUUCAACCAACUGAAGUUGAAGGACCGUUUAUCAAAGACAAAAAACCAUUGAAAGCUCUAGCAGACUUAUCCGUAGUAGAAGAGCAAAGUAUAGAAGUGUCAACCGUGAUCUUGGAAGAUAAAGAGGAAGAAUACAAGUCUAAAAAUUUACCAGAGAUAAAGACUGCUGGAAAGAAUCUGGUUUCUGGUCAUAUGGUAGCCGAAACGACUAUGCAGAUUGUAGAUUUCAGCACUGGAGAAUUCAUUCAAGAAAAGCCAUCAGGUGCUAUUGCUGUAUCAGAACAUGUUCCAUUUAUUUCAUUAAUAGAAUCUCAACCAAUUAUACAGGAAAGCGAAGACAAAUUCAUAUCAGGCCAAUUACCAGAAAACAAGACCGCCAUUAUAGAUCUUGAAGAGAGUAAGAAAAUCGUAACUGUGUCUCAAGUAACUCCAGCAGAUAAAGAAUCUUUAUACAUUUCUGAAGAACAGCCGUCAAAGCACGCAGCCUCGAUUGGAUUAGACUCCAUCCAUGGAAUUGCUGAAACAACCACCAUCUCCGUAGAAGAUUCAAUAAGUGAAGUGAAAUUAGAGAAACCAGACAUCAAGAAAGCACAAACCAGUCAAGAACUAUAUCAAAGCUUACUGGUCACGCAAGACAUCGUUCAAGAUCGAGAAAAUACCUUCGAAGGAAAGUUUAAGCCAACUAUUCAAAAAGUAGAAGUAUCUAUCGAAGAAGGCAAACAUGUGACUAGUGUCAUCGAAGUUAGCGCAGCCGAUAAAGAAGAGAUAUUAAAAACAGUCCAAGAAGAAAGAAUAAGAUCAGUAAUGCCGAUUAUUAUCUCUGGACACGAAGUAGCGGAAAGAUCUGAAAUUAUACCACAUUUGAGUACUAAAGAAAUGGACAUCAUUAAACCUACUACAGCCACUGCACAAGUAGGUCAAAAACCAUUCGAAACGAUCGAGAUGACAGAACAAGUACUGGCAGAAAAAGAAGUAGACAAGAUCGAGGAAAUAUCACUGCAGAAGACUAGUGCUCGAAUUGCCAUAGACGAAAACAGAUUUAUCGCUAUCACAGAAGCGACCACAGCACAAGAUGUCGAAGCUGAACUGUCAAUAAUUAAGAAACCUCGCGAAGAAAUAGCAAAAUCAUCGAUGGAGGGUAAAGAAGUCGCUGAACAAAUGGAGGUAAGUCUCAGAGAAGGACUGGGAGACUUACCUGUAACACCACGACCAACAACAUUCGAAGCUCAUUCAACGCAGACUACAUUGGAAAGCGUUGAUAUCAGUGAGACUGUUCCGCAAGAACAUAGCACAGUAUUCGAGGAAAAGAUGAAGAUGGACGAACGAAGUGCGAAAGUGAGUUUCGUUGAAGGAAAGAGUGUCAAUAUUUCUCACGUUAUUUCUCAAGACAAGGAAGAUACAAUGAUUAUACAAAAACGUGAAGAGAGCACAGCGGAAAUGACUCUAACAAAGGUUGGAAUGGAUGUAGCACAAAAAGCUCAGGUAUUUAUUGAACAGAGUACUGGAUUGGUUCAGCCGUUCGAGAAAUAUGAGGUUCAAGCUCAUCAUAAACAGGAUGCUCUAGAACCCAUUAUUGUGGAAGAAAUCCCAAGCGCAGAAAGUGAAGGAGUUUUUGAUAAAUAUCCAAGAACAGUUUUCUCUACAGCGAUGCAGACGUUCGAGCAAGGUCAUGGAAUAUCGAUAACGGAAGUCACUUCAGCGGAAAUGGAGUCUGUACUGAAAGAAAAGAAACUGGAUACUUCGCAGAUAGCUAAUAGUACUCUUAUCAUGGAACGUAAUAUCGUUGAAACAACUAUGAUCGAAUCUCAAAUUAGCAUACCAGAUAAGAUAGAACAAGUAAGCAUGAAGCCUCAAGUAGCUAUUCCUGAACAAGACACUUUCGAGAGCAUCAUAGUAAACGAGAACAUAGUGGAAGAAAGCGAGCGCACAUUCGAAGGUGUCUUCAAACCUCAAACUCAAAAAGCAGAUAUCGAUAUACAAAAAGUGACAUCUCUUCAAGUGUCAGAGACUAUCACGGAAGACAAGGAAAGUGUUUUCGAUGUGGUACCUAAACGAGAAGAGGUCAAAGCUAUCCAGGACAUCAGUUUGCAUGAAACCGUGAUUGGAUCUUUAGUAGAAAGUAUUCAGAAUAUUCAGGAAAUUCACGAGGAGAAACAAAUAUCAUCUCAAGCCACGAUGGCUCAAACUAUGAUAGAAACAGCUAUAAAAAUAGAGACAACUGUUGGCGAAAAAGAAGACACAUUUGAAGGAAAAGAUUUUAAACUUGAACAGCAAAAAGGCAAACCUCAAAUGGAAGGACUUAGUACUGUCAUUGUUACGGAAAUUGUUUCUAAUGAAAUUGAAGAUAUUUUACCAGCAACAGUUACUCCCAAAGAACAACAGGCUCAGCCUAGUCUUACAGGCAGAGAAGUUCCGGAAAUAACACAAGUGAUUGCUGCGUCGACUACUGAAGAAUUUGAAAAAGUAACUCAAUUGAAAAAACAGCAAGGCAAGGUAGAAAUGGAAGAGAUGUCUUCCGUCACAAUUUUUGAAGUAAUUUCUAAUGAAACCGAAGAUAUAUUUGCUUUGAAAACCACGCCUAAAGAUCAAAAAGCAAACUUUAAUAUUUUAGGCCGUGAAAUCGCAGAAACGUCCCAAAUAACCACUAUAACGGAAACAGAAGACCUUACAUUGAAGAGACCCGAAGAACAAAAGGGAAAACCUAAAUUAGAUGAACUGAUACCUCUUACAAUUUCACAUGUGGUAUCUGAAGAAGCAGAGGAAACAUUGCUAACGAUUGAAGUUCCAAAAGAGAAAACAGCUCAGCCAAGUUUGACCGGAAGAGAUGUUGCAGAGAUUAUGCAAGUAUUGGCUGUUGCUAGUGCUGAGGAACUCGUAGCAUCCAAGGCUCCGGAAGAACAGAAAGGUAAGCUACAAGUGGAAGAAUUGGCAUCUUUAACUGUCUCGCAAAUGGUUUCUCAAGAAACGGAGGAAACAUUGCCUACACCAGAAAUACCGGUCGAAAGAGAAGCCCAACCCAGCUUAAUAAGCAGGGACGUAGCACAAAUGAUGGAAAUAUUAACUAUGGCAAAUAUCGACACUUUAGCUGAAGAUAAAAAGCCUGGAGAACAGAAAGGUGUUCCUGGAUUGGAGGAAUUUGUUCCUUUAUCCGUGUCGCAGACGAUUUUCACGGAAACGGAGGAUGUGUUAGUCAGUCCUGAAGUACCGACAGAGAAAAUUGCUCAGUCGAGUUUGACUGGUCACGAUGUGGCACAAACAACUCAGAUAUUAACUAUGAUCGCUGCUGAAGAAUUAAUAGCUGAUCGUACACCAGAAAAACAAAAAGGAAAACCAAAUAUAGAAGAAUUGACAUCCGUUAUGGUUUCUCAAACAGUAUCUCAUGAAACUGAAGAGACAUUGAAGAAACAUGUAGCUCCAAGUGCAGUGACAGCUAAAACUGCAUUAUUAGGAAGAGAGAUUGCUGAAACUAGUCAAGUUCUUACAGUGACUAGUGUAGAAGAAUUGCAUAAACCUGUUCUACCAGAGCAACAGAAAGGAAAACCAAAUGUAGAAGAAUUGACUUCUAUCACGAUUUCUCAGACGAUAUCUCACGAGACUGAAGAAACUUUAGAGAAAGAGAUAACUCCAAAUACAGCGAUUGCUAAACCUGCACUGACAGGUAGAGAAGUCGCUGAAGUCAGUCAAGUUCUUACGGUGGCUAGUGUAGAGGAAUUAGAAAAAGAUAAAUUACCGGAACAACAAAAAGGAAAACCAAAUAUAGAGGAAUUAACUUCUAUUACGGUUUCUCAAACAGUGUCUCAUGAAACUGAAGAGACAUUCGAGAAACAGGUAACUCCAAGUACAGUAAUUGCUAAACCUGCAUUAACAGGUAGAGAAGUCGCUGAAGUCAGUCAAGUUCUUACUGUAGCUAGUGUAGAAGAAUUAGAAAAAGAUAAAUCACCUGAGCAACAGAAAGGAAAACUAAACGUAGAGGAAUUGACUUCUAUCACGGUUUCUCAAACAGUAUCUCAUGAGACCGAAGAGACAUUAGAGAAACAGAUAGCUCCAAGUGCAGUAAUUGCUAAACCUGCACUGACAGGUAGAGAAAUCGCUGAAGUCAGUCAAGUUCUUACUGUGGCUAGUGUAGAGGAAUUAGAAAAAGAUAAAUUACCGGAACAACAGAAAGGAAAACCAAAUGUGGAGGAAUUAACUUCUAUCACAGUUUCUCAAACAGUGUCUCACGAAACUGAAGAGACAUUCGAGAAACAGGUAACUCCAAGUACAGUAAUUGCUAAACCUGCACUGACAGGUAGAGAAGUCGCUGAAGUUAGUCAAGUUCUUACUGUGGCUAGUGUAGAAGAAUUAGAAAAAGAUAAAUUACCGGAACAACAGAAAGGAAAACCAAAUGUGGAGGAAUUAACUUCUAUCACGGUUUCUCAAACAGUAUCUCAUGAGACCGAAGAGACAUUGGAGAAACAGAUAGCUCCAAGUGCAGCGACGGCUAUGCCUGCAUUAUUAGGAAGAGAAGUUGCUGAGAUUAGUCAAAUUCUUACAAUGACUAGCAUAGAAGAAUUACAAAAACCUACAUUGCCCGAGGAACAGAAAGGGAAACCAAGAUUGGACGAAUUGACAUCCAUAACAAUUUCUCAAAUAGUAUCGAGUGAGUUAGAAGACAAAUUACCAUCUCCUGAGAAGCCAAGCGAGAAGAUCGCACAACCGCAGAUGGCUGGCAGAGAAGUAGCUCAGAAAACGGAGAUUCUAACAGUGACUACUGUCGAAGAGUUGGAGAAAUCAGAGAAACCAGAAGGUCAAAAAGGGAAACCGGAUGUGGAGGAAAUGAGUUUUCUCACCGUUUCCGAAGUGGUGUCCAUAGAAGCAGAAAAAGAAUUACCUGCUCCAAAAGCUCCCAAAGAACACAAAGCGCUUCCACAAUUGGAUAGUAUCGAAGUAGUACAAACAUCUGAAGUAUUGACAAUAACAAGUACAGAAGAACUUCCAAAACCUAAAGCUCCUGAAGAACAGAAAGGAAAACCUCAAUUAGAGGAAUUGCUUCCUUUAUCUGUGUCAGAAAUCGCAUUUGGCGAGGUGGAAAAGAAUCUCGCUACUCCAGACGAACCCACCAUUCAAACAGCUAAGCCUAGCUUGAUAGGCAUCCAAGUUGCUCAGAAAUCUCAAGUGAUUCCAUCAGUUGCGGCUGGAGAAUUGCAAAAAGAGGUGAAACCAGUUACCAAACAAAUAAUUCCUGAACAGAUACCAUUCGAAAGUAUCGAGCAAUUGCAAGCAAUGACCCAGGAAAGCGAGAGUACCUUCGUUGUGGAGAAAAUAGCAAAAUCAGUCACAGCUGAGAUGUCAUUCCGCAUGUCUGAAAGUGUGGAAGUGACGCAGAUAAUGGCUACGGAACAAGAAUCGAAAGAGGUGAUCAAAGGCGUUGCCAAAGAAGUUUCUGCUCAACCUGACGUGAUCAAGCACGAGGUUGCUUUGAAAACAGAGGUCCAGUUAGCGGACAUGGCUGAUGAAUUUAAAGUGAUGAAACCGGAAGGCAAAAAGGCCAAAGGUGUGGAUGAAAUUCAACAAAGUGUAAUCGUUACAGAACCGCUGAGUGCCGGUGAGAUUGAGUCAGAAAUGCCUGAGUCUGUAUUACCUUCCGCGAAGUUAGCGAACGUUAUUGUCGAGGCAGAACAUCUGGAACACGUUGUGGAAACUACAGAAGUACCAGCGCAACAACAUCACAUCACAAUCACACAACACACAACAAAACACGAUACGCCACAGUUGAUUGAAUCAGAUACAGAGGUAAUAGAAGAAUAUACGACGAAAUUCAGACGCGGAAGCAAAGAAGAUGAGACCGCGGCAGUUAAAACAAAGAAAACAAUUAUACGUAAGAAAAAACCAGAGAACGAAGAAGACAAUGUCGUUGUCAUUGAGGAAGAAUUGGAGGAUAUCAAGCCAAAAAUACCAUCAAUACCAAAGAAACAAUUUAUGCCGAUUGAAGAAAUAACGACUACAAUAGAUGUCGAAGAAAUAAUACCGACCAGAAUAGAUGAGGCCGAGGAAACAGUGCAAAAAGAAGAGGAAAAAGUACAAGUAGAAGAGAUUCAGGUUCAAGAUAUGGAUGAAAAUAAGAAAGUUACAAAAAAAACUAUACGUGAACGAGGAAAAACACAAAAAGUUAUGCAAGAAACUACGAUAGAAGAAAAAGAAAAGUUACCAGAAACAACAAUGGUGACGAAACCAGCUGAAACGAGAGAAAAAAUUGAACCAAAAGUGAAAAAAGAAAUACCUAUCAAAGAAGAACUACCAGAAGAAGAAACGAAACCACAAAUUUUACCACCGUUAAAAUAUAUUACACCUAAAGAACUAGUUGAGGAAAAAACUACAGUGACAGAAGAAAUAACAAUAGAAGGUAAACCAAAAAAGACAACAAAGAAAAAAAUAACUACAAAAAAAGGUAAGCAACAGCAAGUGACAGAAGUAGUUACAGUAGAAGAGGAAGGAAAGGCACCUGAAACAACUGUAACAGAAGGACCGCUAGAGGAAAUUGUUGAAGAAAUAAUAAAACCUCUUCCGUCACUAGAAAAAGUCAAGCCUACGGAAGUAGAGGAGAUAAAGGAACAGGUAACUGUAACAGAGGAAAUUACGAAACUCGGUAAACCAAAGAAAACUAUUAAAAAGAAAAUCAUCAAGCGGCGAGGAAAAGAACAGCAAGUGACAGAAGUAGUUACAGUAGAAGAGGAAGGAAAGGCUCCUGAAACAACUGUAACAGAAGGACCGCUUGAGGAAAUUGUUGAAGUAACAAUAAAACCUCUUCCGGCACUAGAA